AUUGCGUCAAGCUAAAUUUUAUGUCGGGAGAACCGUCUGUCUACUAACGAUAUACUUUUAGAUUUUAUAUUGCUUAUUCUCAUUCCACUUAGCGGCCUAUAGCUUAAAAUGUGCAGCUAAAUAUCUGUUUCGGUUGGAAUUGGGCUUUUUGGCCAAGAUGGUGGGAAAAUGUGAGAGAAAUUUAUAAAAAAAAACAGGGUAAGUAAUGAGAAUAUUAAUCGGAUUCAACAUGGCGACUAUGUUCCAUAUCGCUCAAAUGCGCAGACAAGAUGCGCACAAAUAAAGGUGUGCAAGAACGCGAGGGUUAUUCAUUCAUUCAUUUCAUUGUACCAACGUGUGAGGGUUUCAUGCUAAAGAAAAAUGGGAAUGCUGUGGCUACCAAAAUAUAAUCAUUGCAAGUUUUUGUUAUAGUCAUGGACUAUAUACUUGGUUGUAAUAUCGUGAUAAUUAUUCAUAUUUCUGAGUCGCAUAUAGGCAUUACAAAAUAUAAUUUAAUGUAAUAGAACUGGAUGAAUCAACUGAAGUAAGCGUGUAUGCAGCAUGCAACACAUCUUGGGGCCACAUGUUCCCGACAAAGGUUUAAGAGCAUCAUGGCCAUGCCACAUGAUCCUUAUACUUACCAUAGUUAUGAAUCAUAGUCAUAGGCUUUUCACUAAAGAUUUUUUUUUAUCUCUACUAGAAAUUAAAAUAGUAGGUAGGCCUAGAUAUUCUUCUUAGGGGAUUAAUUGGUACUUUGACACAAAUUUUAAAUUUCUUAAAAGAAACAGUUAAUAUGAAGUUAGGGACCACGAAACCCCCAUGCGCACGUGGUCUGCACAUACCAGAAAAUGACUCAAAGCUGUUGUGGCCAUUUUACAUUCAGCUUGGGGAGGAUAUUGUUUGGCAGUGUCGACACGUCCGGCCGGACGUCUAUCUCCCGCACUAUUUGUCCGGCGACCAAGUCACGUGACCGCCUUAACAAAGUGGCGAGAGAUAUCUUGUCUGUCAGCCUUGUCACGUGACCGCAAAUGAUUCAAAACUAUUGUGAAUUUCAAAAUCUAUUUCUCUACUAAUACUUCAUCCUCAUCAAUGGGUACAUUACAAACAUCUUCCUCCAUCUCAAAUUGGGUUGUUUGUUGAUUGGCAAUGCAUAUCGUUAUGUGUGGACUCUACUGGAAAAAAACAAAGGAAAAUGCUGAAGCUAAUGACAUAAACUGAAUUGGGUUUUUAACAAAAAUGACCUUAAGUAGACAAAAUGAAAAAUUAAAGAAAUGUCCCUUGUUAAAAUCUAUUUAUUUCAUGUUUAAUUCUGGUAUGAACUUCUGGUCUAUCGAUACACGCUUUUACUAGUCUUCUUAAGAGUAAUUCCGAUUGGUGAAUUGAUUAAUAUCCGAUUGUACAAACAAUUAAUUUAAGGUUGUUAACUACCGGGUACCUUCGGUUUCUAAAUUGUUAACAUGUAACAUGUUUAAAAAGAAUGUGUUCAUACAUUUAUGCACAAAUUGUGCAACAAUUAUCCUUAAAUUUUUGUGUAAUAGUUACAUUGAACCAUUUUGAAUAUAGUCGUGAUUUUUCUCUGUUUCAAAUCUGUGGGGUAAUGCUGGCAUAAGCAAAUACAUUUUGGAGAAGUAAUUGCAAUUUGUGUUGGAAUUAUGUAGCCAACUACUUAUACUAGAAUGGCCUAUAGUCUUCCAAGCAUAUACAAUGUAGUGUCAGUCAAAUUUAUUAUGUUAUGAAGUUAAUGAAAUCAUCUUCUGACUAUUUGGAUGUUGUAGCACACUAAGGCCUGCUCAGUAAUACUUUAUUUAGGGAAAUGUGUACGUUUGGUCUAACUGAUUGAGUUGUAAUUUAGACAGAAUAUGUUUUCAGGUGAGGAGCAAGGAUGCAGAGGAGUGAUCCUGGUGAGCAGGGAGCCCAAAACUCAAAUGAUAUUCAGCAAAAUGCAACUCCGUCGACAUUGCUCACGGCAGGUAGAAUUCAAGGAUUGGCAGGCUUGGUCACUCAGCCAUCUGUUGGUGAGCUCAUUUUUGUUGUUGUUGCUAUAUUUUUAGUUAUAAACAAAAUUUGUAUGCCUUUAUUUUUGAAACUGUCUCUAAUAUGAUUUAAUAAUUCGCCAGAAACUAGAGCGAAGACCAACACGACGCAGGCUAUUUUUAGAACCUUCCCAUGCCUCUCACUUGCCAGCCAUGCGCACACCCCAACAAGCUCGCGGCGUCUGCUAAGUCGCGGGUUGGCUAUAUGAAAAGGGGGGGGGGAUGUAGCAAAAUUGGCAUUCUUAAAUGUGCGCAACUUGAGUUCACUUUUUUGUCAAGUAACUUGAGUAGAUGGGAAGUUCACGCAUUGCUGUAGCCAAUAUUUGGCGGGCUAUAUCUAGUAUGAUUUAAUUUGUAUUCAACAGCUAUGCUACCAACUACUAGUGGGGUGAGUGUACCCACUGUCACGUUCACCUUGCCCAGAACUAUCACAGCUCAGUCACCUGGGGCACAACCUUUGCAACUGUCUCCUGCAACUUCACGACUUGUUUCACCCCAAGCUAUAAAUAUUAUUCAGCGUCAGUUGUCUUCAGGUGAGUUUUUUCAUUUUUGUUUGGACUUGUGUCAAGGAGCUGCUAUUGGCUUCUAAGAUUUGUUUAUUUUGCACAAAUAUGAAAAAGGGAUUGUUAGCUACUUGUCAUUGAAUAAUUUUUAUAGAUCACGCAAUUGACAAACAUUUUAAUUCACAGGUAUUGUAGGUCUCUCUACCGUAUCUGCCCAGGGUCUGCAAGUUUUGCAAGCCUCUGGAACACCUCUCACAUUUGUAACGGCAACCAGCCCAGAAGCUGCUGUAGCUUUUGAACAGCAACGAAAAGCUCGGGUACUUCAGCAGCAACAGCUAAAACAAGCUGGUACUCAAAAUAGCAGUGGCAGUACCAUCCAUCACCUGGCCAUUUCAAGUCCUGCCAACCUUGUUUCCAAACCCAACCACAGUUUAUCACAAACUGCCAAUAUGAGUGGCUUGCAACAGUCCUCGACUGGGCUUAAACGCUCCCAGACUGCACCUGGAGCAGUGUUAAUUGCAACAUCAUUGUCAUCCUCAGGUCCUGGAUCAAUAGGUGGUGACAUUAAAUUAUUCACUAUAAGCCAGCCACUUGCAACAACAAAUACUUACACCACAGUUUCUUCCACUCGUGCAACAUCUCCGGCUACAAGUGGACCCCCUGCAAAGAAAUUUAAACUUGAGGAAAAGCCUGCUCCAAACAAAGAAAUUGAAGACUACAGACACUCUGUUAUUGGUCACAAACAGCAGAAAAUGCUAGAAAUAAAAACAAGAUAUAGAGAACACUGGACAGAGUUGUUCUACUUACAAAGUGGUGGAAACAUCACUGAGUUUCACACUUGGAAAAAGCGACCUACUCAACCAUUAUUAAGCUUUCUAGAAGUCAGUCGGUUAGAUGAUGAUGAUGAAGAGCUGCAGGAGAAGCGGAUAAAUGAUGAGGUAUUGCUACUGUCAAUCUUAAAUCUUGAUUAAUAUCUUCAGUGCAAUUAUCUUUUUAGCGUAAAGUUAUGUUUUAUUCUAGUAUUUGUAUAUUUAUGUACAAUUUCAAGUACAUAUAUUUUGUUCUCUUGAAAGAUUACAAGCAUAUUUAUUUAUGAUUUCAACUUUCAAUAAAUGUUAAAAUUUACACAUUCUAUCAGGUAAAGGUGCUGACAAGUGCUGGCAGUAAUGUUCCACUAGCAACACCUGUAGCCAUUUCUACAACACUUCCACCAUCUGUAUCAGCUCUGAGUCAGCAAGGUAGUAGCGAGUCCCUCGCCUCUUUCCCAUCUUUCACCACCACCAACACUAACCUCACUUUGCUGGGCUCUCACGCCUCUGGGAUCGAUGAAUUUCUUAGGCAGCUCACUGCCUAUGUCAAGGGUAUCGCGGGUCUUUACAAUUUUGGCACUGCUGACUGUGAUAAUUGUUUUCUUAUCAUUUGCUCCUUCAUUGUUGUUGUGGUUGAUAGAUUACACAUCUAGAUGUGCUUAAGCUUUCACCUGUUGCUGUUUGCCUAGAAGAUUUUAAAAAAUUAAUGCAUGUUUCAAUUUUUUAAAUGUCUAGCACAUUGUUCUAUAAUUAAACUGAGUUUUUUGUUUGUUCUGAAAUCGAGAGAGAAAUAGUAAUUUUGGUUAGCAUGGCUUUUCAAAAAAUGAUUGUCAAUAUAUAUUUAGAUUCCAUUUGUUUGUUACAGUACCAAAUUUGGUGGUCAGAUACGUGCUACAGUUAUUUAAGCAUAUUUUCCUCAGUUCAAUCAGUCACUAUAUAUAAUUCCUUAUUUAAAACAAAUACCCCAAAAAUUUGAUUAAUAACAAAUCAGGAUAGAAGUAAAAUUGUUUGGUGUUUAGAUAUUAUCAGUGCAAUAUUUUUUCCACUUCUUUUGUGCAUAUUCAUACUUAAAGAUCUUCUUUAUGAAGGGUGUGCCUUAAAUACCCUUACAAUCUUUUGAAAUGUAUUUUAUUUCCAGUUCCUCUUUUCACUUAUUAUGCAUGAACAUUUUCUGUUGUGCCAUGGUCUAGAUUUUUGUAUGAAUUAACUGUUACUAUAUUACAGUUAACAUUUCAGAAUAAGUCAUUUUUGUUUAAUUUACUAAUAGUACAGCAUUGAUGUGCAUUGAUAAAUUUUUCUGAUUAAAAAUAAGUGUUCAUAGUUUUUCAUAUUUUAACAAAUUUAUAGUUAUUUUCCAUUUCCCCACAGCUAUGAAUUCAGCAAGUACUACAUCCCUUACCAGCAUUCCUCUGCCUAUAGCUACAUCUUCUGAGCUUCAGCAACAUCUCACUAAAGCUAUUGACAUCAAGACAAAUGCUCAUACAUACAAAACUGGAGUUUCUUCUGGGUAUCUAUACUAAAAUAAGCGAUAAGUGACUUAGACUCUAGUCUUAUAAGUUAAUCCAAGACUUUUGAUGAGCUUAUUUCUUUCAGAUGAAAAUAUGAAACUGUCCUAGUUAGAAAGGUAUCAUGAAAUAGAUAAAUCUAAUGUUUCUUUUAAAUAAAGUACAGUGGAACCUCUCAUAAUGAGCAUAAUUUGUUCCAGAAUCUUACUCGUUAAGCGAAACAUUUUGGUAAUCUACCACUUCAGCAUUGGCCAAGAAAAAAUCCAGUUGUUCCGUUUGGAAGGGCAAUUUAAACUAUUCUUACUCUGUUAAUAUUUUUGCUUCUGUAUAGAGGCUAUAAAGUUAUAUAGCACAAUACUAAUACAUUUAAAUAAUUAUUAUUGCCAAGCUACCGAUAUGCCAGGAAGAAAAAGAGACUAAAAUUAUUUUUUUUAAAACCCAGAUAACGCGGAUGUCCACACACAGAAUGUGGAAAACGUGAAUGCUCAGAAAGAGUAAACUGAAAAGACGGUUUGGCACAAGAUGCCCCGGUGAUCUUUCCCCUUCAUAUUUACGUGGAUUCAUGCACCACAACCGUUUUCGUGGAAAUUAUAUUUUUUUAAACUUCAUUGUCAACUUGGGGGAGAACUAUGCAUAAUUCCAUGUUCACACAUUAUCUUCUAUUUCAAAAAAAUUGUUAUAGUUUUUCUAAUUUAAAAAAAUUGUCUAUUAUGGGAUUGAAUACGUACAACCAAUGUCAUUAAAAAUAUUAUAAGAAUAGUUGUUUAAAUAGCCCUUCAAACAGGAACAGUUGGAUUUUUUUCUUGGCCGACGCUCAAGUGGUAGAGUACCAAAAUUUUAUUAACAUUUAUUCAAAUAAAAUUACUUAUGAAUUGUUAAGGAGUGUAACAACUUGGAAUACAAUUUAGAUUUGAAACAAAAAACAUAAAUAAAAAUAUGAAUUUAUGAAUAUUAACUAUGAACCAAAACUAAGACCAUCAGUGAACGCUCCUUCUACUUCCAUGGGCCCACGUUCUGGAACCAGCUCCCCUUCCAUAUCCAUCAUUCUGAAACCUCGUCCACUUUUAAAAAAAUCCCUUAAAACCCAUCUGUUUAGGUCCGCCUAUGACCUGUGAUGCACCCUCCUUGCCCUGCCUCAUUUUCUGUCUCGGGUUAAUCCUGUAAUAUAGGCCAAAACGUGCCAAAGUGUCCUCGUUUUAUGGCCAUUUUAAUUGUUUCUAUAGUAUAGUAGUUACUAUCCUAAUGUCUCAUUUUUAUUUUAGUUAGUUUACAUGUUUUUAAAAUUGUAAAGCGCUUAGAGCUUUAAGGUAAGCGCUAUAUAAAAAUGCCAAAAUAAAUAAAUAAAUAAAACUGUUUAAAAAGACAUUUGUUUUUGCUGACGCUUCAAAAUUUGAAAAAAAUGUGUCACUGCAUUUUCAUUGGAUAAAUUUAUAGCACGAAUAGCCUCCUCCUUAUUAGGGUGAUGCAACUCCAUAAGCUCUUCGGUGGUCAACUCUUGACUCUGCUCUUUCACAAGCUCUUCAAUAUCGUUGUUGUCCAUCUCGAGUCCCAUGAUAUUGGCCAAUGACACAAUCUCGUUAACGGUAGACUCCACAGGUUCUGUUUCAAAAUCACAUUCAACAACACUCUCUGGCCAAAGUUUUUUCCAAGCAAAAGUGAGGGAAAAAGGGACUUCUCCUUCCUGCGUAACUCGUUAUGCGAAAUGACGCUUAUUAAGGGAGCAACUUCUUCACUUUUUUUUUGCUCGUUAUGCGAAUUAUGAGAGGUGCUCGUUAUGAGAGGUUCCACUGUAUUUUGAAACGAUUUAAUUUUAUUGAAUUUUCUCUUUAGCUCUGUAGGGUUUAUAAUAACCUUGUUUAUUCAUGUAGAAAAUGCUAUUUUAGUUCUGAUAUUGGCUGGUUACCGAGACACUUUGUUUUUUUACAAUGACGUCUUAAACACCAGCCGCAGAGUAUCAAUCAUUUAUUUUAUUUUUGGACUUGAUUAAUCAUCUUGUUCGCUUGUAAUGAAUGAUGACAUUUUCAGACCUGUUUACGCUUAGAAAAUUGGCGUACAGUGUACGAUUUUCGAGAUGUAUACAUUAUAUAUACUGUAUGUUAAUUUUGUUACUAUUAAGAUAAUGUGUGGAAUGAAUUUGCGAUAUUGUACAAUGUUAAAAGUUUUAGGGUAAACUGGUCUGCAUUUUUAAAACUGUUUUUGGGUUAAAAUGUAUUUUGGUAAUUUAUAACAAUGUGUUGUUUAUCAGUCAGUCAGUGACAGCAAAAUGUUUGAAGACAAAUGUCUCCCCUGGUCGACCAAGACAACAGUCAAUUUCCUCAGUGUAUGAGAAUGUUACGGGUGGAUCUCAAGAUGUGAUUGUUGAACGGGCUAAGCAGGUGUGUUAAUAUUUUUUCCUGCAAUUAUUUUACAAACUCCAAAGAGAAAUGAUUGGAAAAUUUCCUGACUUUGGAUUCAAACAUAUAUUUUUGCUAUUUAGCCAUGUUACUUUUUUAUGCCUUGCCACUGACUCAUUCUGUGAGUAAUGCAAAAUUUACUCUCAAUUUAAUAGUGGUGACAUUAUUUGGCUUUUUUAAAAGGGGAUUUAUCCAAAUGCACUUUAAAUGUCAGCCAUACAUAGUUUAUUUUUAAAGUUAAUGAAUAGGUAAUAUGUUCUUCAAAAUUGGAUUAGUUUUACUUUUCUUCUUAGGAAGCUCAAGUUUUGCAGAGGGUUAAUGAGCUUAGAAAAGAAGGACUCUGGUCAUCUAAGCGUUUACCCAGGGUUCAAGAACCUCCGAGGCAAAAGGCACAUUGGGACUAUUUACUUGAAGAAAUGACUUGGUUAGCAGCAGAUUUUAUUCAAGAGAGAAAGUGGAAAAAGGCUGCUGCCAAAAAGGUAGAUAGCUAAAGAUAUUCUUUUAAGAGUUUUAUGCUAUUCAAAGUUAUUUAUUUAAUAUUAAGAGGUAAGUUGAGAAUGUCAUAAUGUCAUGUUAAUUCAUCAUUAUUUCACCUUUCUGCCUAGCUUGCCAGGAUGGUGUCCAAUCACUUUCGAGAACAAGAGCAAAAGGAAAUGAGGGCAGAAAAGGAGGAAGGCAUCAAGUUGAAAAAGAUUGCCAGUCAGAUUGCUAAAAUGGUUAAAGAGUUCUGGACAAACAUUGAAAAGGUAACUUAAUUUUACGUGAACAUGGCUUUGCAAAGAUAAUAGUGUGGUCAUUAUAAGGGCACACACAGAUAAAAAGAAACCGGUUCCAGGUGGUGUUAAAUGAAAUGUUAUCUUUUCAUUUUCUAUAAAUGUUACACCCAAUUGGGGGUUGUUUGAUUUGUUAUGGUAAAUUGAACUAUUACCAUAAAUUUGUCUUAUCUUUUCAUCUGGAGUUAGCUAUUUUAGCUAUGGUAAGCCUGAAAACUGUGCACUUAACUACAGUGUUUGCACUCUGUCCUUUUUGGUGCUAAUAGGCACAAGUUUAAAUGGCCAAGGGCUUGUUCUGGUCUGGACCUUAGAAAUUUUUUCUCCCCUCUGGAUUAAUGGUAGCAGCAUAUUCUGUUAUAGUUGAAGCUUGAAAUUUCUGAGGGUUAUUUCUCUAGAUUUUCUCUCAUAUUCUGGCCUUGUUAACAAAAGGCUAAAUUUUACACUUAUUUUGAGUAUCAUGCAGAGCAGGGGUGGGCGAACUAACUGAUAUUAUGCGGUCCUCGAAGGCAUUUAGAAAUAAAAAAUAUAUCUUCAUUUUGUUUUACAGAAUUUCAUAUACCGUUGUGAUUGUUUUAACAUUUUUGAUAAACACUUCUUGACUUUGGUCACGUAUUGCUAAAAUGCGAAUUUAUCGAUUUUAAUGUAGAGAAAUGUUUAUUGACAUUUAAAAAUUGGAAAUAAUAUACAUCAGAUGCCACCAUCGGUCGCCCUUUAGGGUCAUCCAUAAAAGACGUCCACACAAAAGGGGGGAGGGGGGGUUCAGCAAAAAGUGGACUAAAGUGGACAAAGGGGGGGAGGGGGUUUAGGACAAAGUGGAUGUCCACAUUGUAGUGUUUUUUUGAGUGCAGCAUAAAUUUACUGCCCGAUCACAGUUACAGUACCAUGCCUUUUGAUCUCUAUUGUCCAUCGGUGGCUGGAAGAAUGUGUUUCUGCGGUAAAUAUUUCCCAUCACAGGCGGCAAUGAAAAAACAUAAGGUUGUCCAUUGCAAUAUUCCUGAUAGUGAACAUAAUAUGGCAGACGAAUCAGACGAAGAGACUGCCACUCAAAUUGAAUUAGCAAUUGAAGACUCAAGAACAGAUGUUGUCAUUAUACGAAACAUGUUUGAAUGGCUGCAGUCCGAAUUUUCCGUUGAUUGAAGAAUUGAGGAUUAUUUGUUUAUUACAUUUUUUAAUACAGUGAUUCAAUAACAUUUUUUUGAACAGUUAUUUCAUUUAGAAUUUUGCCUGCAAAUAAUUGGAAUUUCUAAAAAAAAUCUUUGUAAAUAUGUACUCUUUAUAUUGUACAUUUUCCCAAAAUAUUCAUUAAGUUCGGUAAAUUUUGUUUUUGACGUCCACAAAGGGGGGGGGGGUCCAAGUCAAAAGUGGACAAGGGGGAGGGGGGGGGUAAAAAAAAUAGCAAAAAAAUUGGUGGACGUCUUUUAUGGAUGGCCCCUUUCGGUUUGGUUCAGACAUUUUCCGAGAAAAGCUUACGGGCGGUCUAUUUUCCCAAUUCUUUAGCCUUUCCUCAAUGUAGAGGACCUGAGGCCAGUUAGGUCAUUGGCCUCUGUAGGUAUGGUGGGGCGGGGCCUUUUCUCGCUAGAUAGUCAGCUCUAUCGUUAAGUGGGGAUCCACUGAUUGGACUGUAUUGUCUCCAUGUGACUGCAUGUCUCACAUGAGCUCUAAGACUGUGUUGCCCAGACCUGUUUACUCUUAUGAUUUUGGCGUACAAUGUACGAUUUUGAGAUGUCUUUUAAGAUUGUACACCGAGACCCGCCAAAACUACAAUUUUCAGAGAGUCGGUGUAAAAAGAAAAAUGUUCUGAUUAAAAUGUGUUUGUUGAAGUUUUAGCCUUUUCCAAUAAAAAUCUACAAGUGAAUGAAACGAGAAAAACGAUUGGUUGUAUUUUUUUUUAAAGUUGGGACCAUGCUUCAUUAUAUUAUGUGCGCACUGAGAGGGGAGGUGGGGGUUGUUAAUGAAGGAGAUUUUCGGCAUACGGGACACCUGGGUGGGGGGGUUGGUCGGAGUGUCAAAGGUUAUAAAAAUAUCACUGCAAAGUAUCGUAUUGAUGGUGAUUGUCAUACUGUUGCUUUGUGUGUCACACUGAACUAGUUCGCUGCGUCACCGAUAAUAUUUAUACUAUUCACUGCCGUUCCCUUUGACUGCUACCAAGCGUGUGACGUAGUUUUGUUACCUUGAACUGCGGCGAUUGUGAAAACGGAGAAAACUAGAGACGAUAUGGUUUUUAAAAUAAAAUACAUUAUCCCACUGUUCUGCACUGGAACAUUGGAUGUGGAUAUAUUUUAUAAGAGCUAGUCAGCGGCAUUUAAAAAAUAUUGGUAGAACUCACAAAGCAGCUCUUUACCCUCAGCGAUCGUAAUACGACAGUUUGGUAUCACUACUAAUACUACCCCCCACCCCUUUUUUUAAACAGAAAAAAAUCAGACGAUGGCUCAAUUUUUUCCCCAGUAAUGAGGGGGGGGGGUUCCUGCCCGGUGGAAAUAAUUACGUCACCAUCACUGAAAGACGAAUCACUGGACUACAGUGUGUUAUCACUAUGUCAUGCUCAAUUUUACAACUACAGGGAUCUCUUUAUGAAAACACAAAGCAUUAGUAUCUUAUAUUAUGAGUAGGCCUAUAUGCUUACUGCGAAUUAUUGUAAUAUUUUUUAUAACCUUAUUAAUAAUAAUAAUUAGAAUUCGCGGAUUUCACAGUUUUUCAGAUGACAGUUGGCUCUAUAAGAGACUGUCAGGAUAAUUAUUGUAUGCAUAAAUGUAGGUGCAUUCUAUUGUAACACCCCCCCUCCCCCCCCAUCAUGUUUGUCAUAUGCAUCCUCAGCACGUACAUAAUACGUAAUAGAUGACCCUUUGUUUUACGUUGACAAGGUGCGGCCAGGGGGGGGGAUAAAUAUUUUAUAAAACUUUGUUUAUUUUGCAUAUCAGGAAUGUUAUACAUGGAUGGCCCAUUUCCCAAACAGCUUUGCUGUUAGAGUUUGGCUACAUUGACGGGUGUGCACAUUGCCUGAUUUUAAUGUUACCAUUAAUAGGGGUGUGCCGGAUCCGUUUUUUCCAACCGGAUCCGGAUCCGGAUUUUCUUAUGCGAAAUCCGCCGGAUCCGGAUUCCGGUUUCUCCCGGAUUCCGGAUUUUGGUACUAUUGGUAGAUACUUCGGUAAGUCAAGGUGGACUACUACUUUUUGUGUAUGGGAAUUCGCAAUCGGCGCCAAAAAAUCCGAGUUUUUAAUUUUCCGAUGUGUGUGUCUAUUUAUUAUUAAAUUAGUACUUUCGAUAUAUAUUUGAGUUCCGUUCCAUUUGGAUAAGUGUCUUACGAGAGACGCCAUGUUUCUACGCGUUCGCAGCAGGUUAUGCAGCUCGCUCAACCUAAUUUCGCCAUGGGGUUGGCCACGCCCCCCUUUUUAAUGGCGGAAGUUGACGAUACUUAGGAAAUAUUAAUUUAUUAUCACUAUUUACAUCAAAAUAAUUGAUAACUUGUGUUUCAGAAUGCAUUUAAAGACAUUUAAACUGGAAUGUUUUAAUUUGAGCUUUAACAACCCGGUAGAAUCCAUAUUAUAAAUGAUCAGAAUUUACCGUGUGCAACACGUUGUCAUUGGCAACCAUUCACAGCCACUUGCAUAACUGUAUCGUAGUACUACCUCAGAGUUUCAUUCAUAAGAGUUUGCCGUGUGCAAAAACUAUUAAACCAUUGGUCAGGGAAAGCUUUAAUUAAUUAUUCAUGUGCCAAAGUUGAAAGUUUAAACUAAGUCUAAACAGUAUUUUAGUGAUAAGGCAGGGAAUGCGUUGCCUUAUAUAAACUAUAUAGUCAUUGCGCAUGACGGGAUUGGUGGAAUGAGAUCACAGAAUGUGGAGAUGCAGUCCAUGUUAAAAAAUGACAAACCAAGUCGUACUUUAAAAAUUCAUAACUUUAAAACUACAACAGCUAAAAAUAUGAUUUUGGUGUUAUAAUUCUUUAAAAAAUUACAUCUUUUCAACUAUGCCAUUGGUUUAUUUUUACAAAAAGUUUAAAUUUUCUUAUCAAAGUCCCUACACUAUUGGCCACUAUUAGCGGUGCUGACUCUAGCCUCUGGUAUGUACGGAAUAUUAAACAUUAAACAAGCUCAACGCUCGAAACAAUCGAUUAAUGUAUCGUGAUCGUGUGAAAUUCGGGAAAGAGAAUUACUUUUAUUUCAGAUUAUGAUCCGGUGAGUCACAAAAUCUGGCAAAUUCCGAAAUCCGGUAUAUUCCGGAUUCCGGAAUCCGGUUGUUCCGGAUACAUGUAAAUCCGGCGGAACCGGAUUUCACCGGAUAGUGCAAAAUCCGGCGGAACCGGAUUCCGGACCGGGGUCCGGCACACCCCUAACCAUUAAUGGAUUUAGCUAUCCUUUUUUUUUUCGGUCCCCCAGUUUAGUUUACUUAGUGAGUGUUUUACGAUAUGGCCUCGACAAAAAGAAAUGCACGCGAAACCGAUGAUGAAGAAGAAACUUCUAUUUCUGCCGAUAAACAUCAGCUUCAGCAAAAGAUAAAGUUUAUAUUCUUGCUUGAAUAUAAGACACAAUUUACUGUGUUGAGGUCUUCAUAGAAGUGUCCAUCAUACGCGCACUGCACAUUCUGCAAGUCGGACUUUUCAGUAGCAAUCAAAGGCAAAAGGAGUGGUGUGGAUUUAGGAGAUAGUGUGUAUGGCGCGGGUCUAAAUAUUUAUAUCUAUACAAUCAACACCGCCACCUACAUUUUCGUAAUGUCAGUUUGGGGGAGGGGGAGGAUAUUCCACGGCAGAAAGUACAUGCAGUAUUUAAAAAUACUACACUAUUCGUACCGAAACUCUGAAAGUCCUAAAAUAGCACAUUUAUAUUUCGAAUGCUGUAAAAUACAGUCGUGAUGUUGUCAAGGUGCAUUUUCACAAAUGAUCUCGCUAGCUAUACCUUAGGUCAGUAAUAGAGAAAUUACAGUAAUGUUUAGUCCACCGAAUGGUAUGGCCAAGUGUUACGUAUAAUUCGGUGGGCUACGUCAGUGGUUCUAAAAUUUUCGUUUCCCUGCGCCUAUGCCACACUGUUUUCACCAGGCUACCUGUGUCGAUUUCUAACAUGUACAAUUCCAAAUAGCGAAUACACAAAUAAAAUAAGGGUUGGAUAAAAAUAAAUACAACGUGUAUGUAGGUCGUUGAGUGCCAUCUGGAACGAUUUUAGUCGUGACCGAUGGCUGAUUUAUCCUAGGUUUGGUGAUUUUGUGUGGUAUGAAUUUCUUCAAUGCAUCAGUGAUAGUGAUUGUAGUCUUAAACUUCACCCACAGCUCUUCUGUUGUUGCUGUACCUUGAAUCCCCUGCAUGUUAGAGCCUUAGCUCUUUGGUUGCAAUCCUUAGGCCAUCCCAGUCUGCCUUGGCAUAAAUAGGGAUUUCUCGAAUGAUUUGUUUCAUUUUUAGUGUGUUGACCUGAAAUUCACAAUAAGGAAUGCAGUGGUCCGAAAUCCCGGGAUGACCUCAACUUUUGGGACACGAUGUGGACAAUUGGUGAGGAAUAGGUCAAGAGUGGGUCAAGAGUGUUUUCCCCCCUCGUGGGUUCUUUAACCAGCUGUUCCAGACCAUGGUUGUUAAUUAUCUCCAUGAAUUCUGAGUGUAGCAGGGUAUGGGGACUUGGGCUUCAAGGCAGGAAUCUGCCAAUUCCAACCAGGAAAGUUAAAAGUGUUGCUCUGUGAAGCGAUACCUCGAACCUCCUCAGGCUUGGUUCAUCUGCUGUGUUUGGUCGGUAAUAUGUACAAACGUAAAGUGUGCGUCUACCCUUUAGUUUCAAUUUCACCCACAGGAUCUCGCAGUCGUCAACAUCUAGUUCUGGAACAGCGUGGCAGUCCAGGUUGUGAUAGACAGCAACAGGCACUACUCCUGUCUUUUCUGUCUCGACGGAAUAAUUUGUACAAUUGCUUAGUGGGUUACUGUUUGCACCACGACCGACAGUUGCCCCAUUGGUUUAAGAGUGAAAAUAAAAUAAGGAUUUUAAAAAACAUUUCUCGCGCACCCCCCCAUGAAGAAGCCGCAGCCACUCCCUUGCCCGAGGGCAACUCACACCCAGGGCGAUGUGGCGUUAUUCUGGGAACCACUGGGCUGGCUGAAACACCAGUGGUGAAAACCUGUGUCACAUUUUGUUUACUGUAACAUCAUAAUAUACAACGGAUUUUGUUAAGUUUAGGGGGGGGUGCUACUGGUGUUUUAAAGCUCACUGUACCGUACACACAAAAAAGGCGGGGGUGGGGGUCCCAAUUUGUUACCGCGUAAUUAUUUCUUAUUUAAAUACAUUUUAUGCUUAUCUGAAGUCAAGUUUGAACAACGUUAACUUGCACCAGUGAUUUUAUUUUUACCUGAGACAGACUGAGAUAAUGUGAUCAGCACAUUAACCCAAAUAUUUAUUGAUAUCUAUUAGCAGAUACACGUCUGCAAAACAAAGUGACUGCAGUUUGCAGUUAACGUCAGUCAUCUACUGUUUACCUACAGUUCCAUAUUUUGCCGCACGCUUAACUCGCCGGUGUCAGACUUAACCAUCAUAUGAUUUCUCUAGGAUUAAGUGUAUUUUUUCCCUAUUUCCUGGUAAAGGGUGCUUAGAGAGUAGAUCACAUCCAUAAAGGAGGGUCUUUUUAGCCUAAUCCUCUUUACCUACCGAUCUAAAAGUUGGAAGCCGAGCUCUGUCGUUGAGAUGGCCUGGUCCCUCCUGAUGCUGAGUUCUAAUUGUUCUAUUUCACCGUAUACGAAGCUCUCACAUUAUAAUGUUCUUAAGAUGUUUGCAUUGGCACCCCAGACAGUGCUAGCCAGUUUCUUUACCAGGCUGAGUUUAGAACUUGUGUGAGCGAGGUUGUGUAGCUGGUGUUUCUGGUCCACCUUAAUUCCCAGAUACUUAUAGGUGUUUUGUCCUAUUUGAGUGUCUUCCUUCUAAUAUGAAGAUCUAUGUCUUCUUUUAGAGCAUUCCUCCCAUUUGUGAACAAAGAAUAUUUCAUUUACUCUCCAUUUCCUAGCAUAAUCCUCUAUGGCAGUGCAAUCUCUAGAUAGAUAUUUACCAGCGCUCCAGAUUACUAGAUCAUCUGUGAACAUUGCAUCUUUACCAAACGUAACUGUAGGCCAUACGCAUAUGCAAGGAACUGUGUGCAGCUUUAGGUUGACCACUGGGGUAGUCCGUCCUCCCCCAAGUGCAUACGUGUCCGAUACCUUGUCCCCGACACUGGUGGAUAUUGUGUUUUGAUAGAAAGGAAUGUAUCCUUGCGGAAGCACUAACAGGGUUGAGUAACACUGGGUUAGGAUUAUAUUAUUAGGCUAUUAGUUUUAUGAAUUUUUCAACCUUGACACACAACCUGAGUACUAUCUCAAAGUAACUGACCAGGACGGAGUAUAAAAACCUAGCUCUGACCUAGUCAUUAUUUGUUUAGCCUGAAUUUUGAUUUUAUGUUACAUAUUCUUCUCUGAAAUCUUGUAUGAAUUGUAUUUUUUAAUCUAGUCUGGCUACUUCUGAUUUAAGUCAUUCAUUAAUUUUAGUCAAUGUGCUUGCUCAAUACUGAAAUUUAGGUUGUGCAGUACAAGCAGACUCAGAGGCUCGAAGAAAAGAAAAAGAAGGCAUUGGACCUUCAUCUGAGUUUUAUUGUGGACCAGACUGAGAAAUAUUCCUCUUGGUUGACUGCGGGUUUACAAAAUGCAGAUGGUAGUAGAACUGCUUCUGAGUUCUCUACUGACAGUGGUGAUGGUAAGUACCUUUGUUUGAAUUUUAGGGGGGGGUGGGGUGGGGUUGGGGUUGUUAAGCGGCUGAAAGGGUUGUGAAUUUUCAGAUUUACUUUUCAGAUAAAUUUUAGGCUACUUAACUGUUCAUUCAUUUUUUUCCAUAUUAAAAGCAUCAUUUUAUUUGAACUCCUUAACAGAAUUCCAGCCAAUAGGCACUGCCAGUGAUGAUGAAGAGACCAUAGAAAAAGAAGAAACAGAGUCUGGGAUUGAUGAGGUAAGGCUAUUAUAAAUUUUACCACCACCUAUUGUUCCACCUGCAAGUUAAUUUAUUUUAAUUUGAAAUUAUAUUUUGAUCACUAUUAACAUAUGCAAUUCUAGGAUGCUACAAAAAAAGAAGUUGAAGAAUUACAAAAGGAAAGUGAACUUCCACUGGACGAGCUGUUAAAAAUGUUACCAAAAGAGAUGUUAGAUAAGCCAUCUAGUGACUUACCAUUUGAUGAUGGAUCAAGUAGCAGUGAUAGUGAUUCACUUCCUUCUAAUGUAAGUUUAAUUUUUUGUUAAUUCAUAAUUAUUCUUAACUAACUGUAUAUCAGAAUGAGCAUUAGACCAGUUUUGGUUGGUGUAAGUCGGAAAUUCCAUUUUUUUUUUUUUACCCUUUCAGUGGCGUUAAAGGCAAACCCUGCUGUAAACAACAUGCCAUUUUCAACAUUGCCUAGUGAAGGUAACUCAGCUCUUCUGAGUUACAAAGAACAAAUUAAUACACAGGACGUGUCAAGCUCUUUUUUUAUUGGGGUUUGGUGGCUGCGCACAUUAUGUGUGCUACUUAAGCAUUUUAAAAAAAAAAUGCUUUGUAGAAAAUCUACACUUAAUGGUGUUUGCCUUCCAGAGUUACUUCAAAUUGUCAACAUUGAUGAAUUUGUUGCAAGAAACGGGUGGGAAUAGUUCAAUAUGAUAACUCAAGAUUGGUCAAAAGAUUAAGAUGUUAAUAGAUCUAUAUGGUCUGACAAUUGUAGUUGUAACUGGACCUCGUGUAGACUUGUUUUGUUAAAAUUUUAUAGUUUCUCUGCAAUUAUCAGAAAUACAGUAAUUUCUUAAUGGUCUCUUAUGCUACUGAGGCGUUGCUAAUCACUGUUACAGGAUAAAGAUGCAGAUUUCAAUGUUGAUGGAGAGGAAGAAGAUGUUGAAGACACUAUUGAGGAGCAAGAGUCACAUGAUAAAGACUACUCUGUGGAAUUGGAUGACCUUAAAGCAGAAGGUGAGUUAACAGUCUUAAGAUAACUUUUACAUGUCUAAAUAAAGAAAAAAUGUACAUACUAAAUAGGUGUAACUUAUUUAUUAUGAAAAAAAGUUGUCACAAAAUAAUGUUUAAAAUUUGCAGGAGAAAUGACUGUUGAAGAGUUGAUGAAAAAGUAUGCAGGAGCCUAUGAAGAGGACUUCACGGUUCCAGGCGAGAGCUCUGAUGAGGGUGAUGAGAGUGAAAAUGAAGAGGAUAUGUCAGGUACAUCUUAUUCAUUCUGUAAUAUAGAACUAUUGAAAUAGUUCUUUUAGGCUAUACAAUUUUGAACUGUGUCCAUAUUUUUAUUUUUAAAAAUACUUUUUUCAGAGUCAGAAAAAGAAUCUGAGUCAUCUGAAGAAGAAGAAGAGGAGGUACUAGAUCAAGAAAAAAGUGAACAAGUCAAAGAGGAACCAACAUCUAAUCAGGAUGAUUUUGGUCUUGAAUUUUUAGUGAAAACUGAACCUAUGCCACAGGUCUGAAAUGUUUUUAAAAUUUCUUUCCUUUUAUACUGCCUUCCAUUUUUUGUGAUACAUUUUAUUAAUUGAAAAAUCCUUAAUCUCACAAAUGAUUAGUGAUUUUGCAUAUAGAUAUAUUACUUGUAUUCUUCAAGGCUGAUGAAUCUAAUGCAGACGGUCCAGGUAAAGAAUUCAAUGAUAUUGCUGCUGCUGCUCAAAGUUUACAACCUAAAGGCUACACUCUUGAGACAACAGAGGUAACGUCUUUUACCCCCUCUUUUUAAAAAUUAUUUUUUUAAAGUAUGUUUUACCAUUAAACAGAUAAUUAACUUUGAAGGCUUUUAAAAGGGUCAUCUUAUUGUUAAUAACAAUUUGUAGGUGAAGACAACUGUGCCUUUCCUACUUAAACAUACCCUGAGAGAGUACCAACAUGUUGGCUUAGACUGGAUGGCUACUAUGCAUGAUAAAAGACUUAAUGGAAUUCUUGCUGAUGAAAUGGGUCUUGGAAAAACUAUACAAACCAUUGCAAUGUUAGCUCACUUAGCCUGUGAUAAAGGUGAGUAAUAUAUUGUUAUAUUUAUAAUAAUCAGGAUAUAGUAAAUAGUGUCAUUGAUAUUUCAGCACCAAAGUAGUUAUUUAAAUAUAUACAAAUUUAUACAUAUAUAUAUAUUUACAUAAGUUUUUACAUGGAUUGAUGGAUCUUGACCUAACUUGGCACAUAUCCACUAUUAUCAAGAAGAGGGGUUAUGAACUUUUUAUAACAUUCCGUUUGAGGCUGGGGGCCCAAAGUGUCUUUUAUAAUCUAUAUAAAUAAAAUUAACAACAAAUACUCCCACAUGAAUCGAUGGAUCUUGCCCAAACUUAGAACACAUACACUUUAUUAUCCAUAUUCAGAAAUACCGAAGGGUACUGAACUCAUAAUAUCCAUACCUCUGGAGCCCUGUUUCAUGUUUCCUAAUAAGAGCUAUGUAUAUAUUAAUAGGCUUAAUACUCCUACACGAAUCGAUGGAUCUUGACCAAACUUGGUAAACAUACACUUGAUUAUCCAUAUUCAAAUACCGAAGGGUACUGAUCUCAUAUCCAUUUUUCUUCAUUUUUCCUUAUAUUGGCUAUAUAAAUAUCAAUAAGCUUAGACACAGUGGGUUCUAUGUGAAUAGGUAUUAUCAAGGCCUAGCUUUGUAGCAAUACCCUUCUUAGUCUGUUUUGAAAUAUUGGUGGAUUUAAUGCUAAUAUGAAAUCUAGAAUCUUCCAGAAAAUUUGAAAUAUCUAUGGUAUUUUUAAAUACAUUUGAAUGGGGCAAAUUUUAACUGUUAACAAGGGGUUAGAGGAAGAAAGUGAAGACUAGUUCUUUAGAACCCUUAAUGUUUUUAUUUGCUAUUAAUGGUUGAUCAGAUUUUAACAGUUGUUCUUUAUUGAAUUUGUAAUCACUUUUUUAUGGAAUACUUGGUGCGGCCCACUGUGCCCCCUCUUUCAGCUUAUAUGUAUUAUAGGUAUAGCGGUGCAUUUAGUUGUAUAAUUUUUAGAGUUAAAAAAAUAAUUACUUAGAAAGUUAUUGUUUACACAUUUCGAGGAGGUUAUUAAAUUUAAUCUAAAAUAUUCCAGAAAUUUCUAUAUAGUUCUACGGGGAUAUAUAAAGGGAUAUAAAAGCUUAUAGUAACGUUAAUGAGAUCCAGCAGUUAGUUGAACCCAACGGUAACAUGAUCCGAUCUGGUAACAGGAUAAAAACGGGAUCCUUUCAGGAAAUGGGAUCUUAUCAGUGAAGAGGAUCCCAAUGGGAUCGAGAUCCUACUCUAAUUGGAAUCCUAUGGGAAAACUCAAAUCUAUCGAGAUCGGUACUGAUAUCUGGAUCAGGAUCCCACCGGGAUUGAGAUAUCGAUGGGAUUGGGUUCAUGCUGGAAUUGGGCAUCCCCCUGGGAGCUGGUAUACUAACGUCAGCGGGUUACAGAUGGGAUUGGGAGCCCACCAGGAUCGGAAUUAUGUGCUAUCUGGCACAUGCCGUUUAUAUCUGCUAGUAUAUAUAUAUAUAUAUUCAUAUAUAUGGUUCUGUUGUUUUAGGUGUUUGGGGUCCACAUCUUAUUGUUGUUCCAACUAGUGUCAUGCUCAACUGGGAAAUGGAGUUCAAAAAGUGGUGCCCUGCAUUUAAAAUACUCACAUACUAUGGCAGUAUUAAGGAGAGGAAGCUUAAAAGACAGGUGAAUUUAACAUCUUUAGGAUAUGGAAUAUUUGUUAGUUUCAAACUCAAUUUCAUAUAAUUUACGUGAAAUUUUUUCCCAUUUCAGGGUUGGACAAAGACAAAUGCAUUCCAUGUGUGUAUAACUUCCUAUAAAUUAGUGGUGCAAGAUCAUCAAGCAUUCCGAAGAAAAAAGUGGAAGUACUUUAUUUUGGAUGAGGUAGAGUCAUUUCUCCCCCCGUAUUAUUUUUUUUCUGUGUUGAACCUUUUUUAUAAUUGUUCUUACACACAGGUUUCCCCGCAGCCUCCUGAAAUUCCAGGAUCUCCUGAAAUUUGAUGAAAAUUAAUAAAAUCCUGGAAAACUCGUUAAUUUUAAACAUUUUAAAAAUUCUCCUUAAUUGUCCAGAAAUUUUUCUUGCCACGGAGGGAAGGAUAAAAAGAAUAUCUUGAUCACGAUGACAAAAUGACCAAAAACAUCUUGAACAGGCAAAACGGCCAAAAGCAUCCGUGACGACAGAGUUGUAAACUCUUGAGACCUCCGAGUCUUUGCGAGGCUUCCUAUUGUUUACAUCCUGUUUUUCCAAUAGCUGGAUAGAGUGGGCGCCAGUUACAAGUAUUUAUUCAAUUUUUUUUAUAGUUCUAGGGGUUUAAAAAAAAAUAAUUUCGAAAUGGAUUUUGUCGAUUGUUUUUAAUAGUUUAACUGCCUGUAGGUUGUCAAAACUAAAAGUGAUUUUUUUUAAGAGUCAUUUUUUGAAGUCGAAGUUUUCAACAUCAAAAAACAUUAACUCACUUAUAGUAGUAGUGUUAAAGUUAAGGAAUAAAAUGUAUGCUAGCGGCCGUUUAAGGUAUCUUAGCCAUAGGUCUGCCCCAAGUAAGAAGAAUUUGAUUUAUAAAUAUUAACAAACUGUAGUAGGCAUUGGCCUUUCUUUAUCUAGGCCUAUUAUAUAACAUUAACGUUGACACAUGUUUUUUAUAUAGAGUUUUAGUGCAAGGCCUUCUAAAUAGGCAAAUAUUUAAAAAAAAUUAAGUUAAGUUAUAUUUGUGAAGAAUAGUUUUUAAUGAUUUCGGUAGUUAAAAAUUAUCUAAUGCACCCCUGUGCUCUAAGUAUACUUUGCGGUACUAUAUGUACAGAUUUGGGGGGGGGGGGACGACGCUUAAGAGAUUAUUUUUAAAAAAAUUUGGAACCUUCAAAUCUCUUGCACACACAACCAGUUAUACAUAUAACAAACUAUAUUUUUUCCAAGUUUGUCAUGAAAAUGUAAAUACAAUGUUCAUUUUCAAAAAAUCAUAAAUAAUAAUUAAGCAUUUCUAAAUAUACAGAAGUCAAGUAAAAGGUUGUUUAAAGCACAACAAUGUGAAAUCAUCAGGCUAAGGUGAAAACAACAAAAUAAUUUACAGAAAUUAUUCAAGCAAGGCUUGAACACAAAAACUAAGAUUCAUAGAUUUUUAAAAAUUCAUACAAAAUUAACAAAGCAAGAUAUCUUAUCAAAUGUUACACAGUAUUGUAGAACAUGUUAGCUUUUAAUAACAACACACUGUUUAGGAAACAAAAUUUUGCUCAAGAAAUAUUAUUAAAAAAUGGGUAUUUUUGCACCGAAAAUUUUUAAUAUUCAGCACCUUUAACCAGUAACUUCUCGUAUCGCCUGCUAGUGUUUUAUGCCGUAUCGCCCGCCAUCGCCGGCUAUAUAUACAUGCCAAAUAAACGAUGUAUUGGACCAGAAAACGUUGGUAUAAAAUAAUAAAUCAGAUACUUUCACCUGGCUGACAGCAGGAAUUAUGUCCUGAAAGGCCAAGAUGGGUACGAUCCCUUGUAUAAAAUCAGACCAGUCAUCACAGCUGUAAAAGAUGCCUGUAAUACAUUAUACAGACCUGGAGCUGCUAUAGCUUUUGACGAAGCUUUGAUACCUUUUAGAGGCACACUGUCUUUCAAAAAAUAUAUAAAAGGAAAGCCCCACCCAUGGGGUGUCAAGUAUGGUGCUGCUGUGACUCGGCGACAUCAUUCCUUUUAGACUUUGAUUUCUACACUGGGAAAUCCGACACCAUUAUGCCCAAUGGACUAGGCUAAUGUCAUACAAAAAUUAGGCAACAGAUACCUAAAUAAAAAUCAUCAUUUUUAUUUUUUUCGUCGGUGCAGUUGGCAUGAUUUGUUAUCAAGUGGCACUUAUUCAUGUGCGACAACUCGACAAAACAGGAGACACUGGCCCAAGGACCUCAAGGGUAAAAUCAACAAGAACCAAUGUGAAAUGAGGCAGAUAGGGAGUCUGGUUGCAUGUUGGUGGAGAGACAAACGUGCCAUCUCCAUGAUUUCAACCAACGCGUCGCCUACACUAGGCAUUGCAUCACGUCGUACAAAAGACGGCCCUAUUGAUAAACAGAUCCCCCAGUCUGUACUUACCUACAAUGCGAAUAUGGGUGGGGUGGACAGACAUGAUCAGCUAAGAUCAUAUUAUCCUAUUGGCAGAAAAAGCCACAAGUGGUGGAGAUGUUGUUUGUGGUUUUUGGUUGAGACGGCAGCGCUGAAUGAGUAUAUUUUAUACAAAAAUAUGCCACAUCCCCCGACAUCAAAGCCAGUGUCGCAUUUGAAUUUCCAUUUGGACAUUGCUCGCAGCCUCAUGAAGGGUUCUUCAAGGAAAAGAAGACAGGCGGAGGUCCCUGCUGUUGGUGGAUUGGCUGUUCCUGGAACUUCUUUGGAGCAUCGCAGAGUUCGACUCCCAGGGCGCAAAAAAACAAUGUUUUCAGUGUCGGCAUAAAAACGUUCGCACUGAAUCGAAUAAAAGACCUAAAACUGUUUUUGGGUGUGUGUUGUGUAACACACACCUUUGUGAUGAGCUCUGUUUUGCUCAGUUCCGUGCUAAGUUAAACUAAGGUAUUUAUUUAUCAAUAAAUGUACAGAAAUUGUCGGGACAAAUUGAAUUUUUUUUUGUAUGUACAUUUUUAGUACACUCAUACAUAUUUGGUGUCAUCUGAUAGAUUAUUAAUUUCUCUACAUAAUGCAAUUUUUUUCACAUCAAUUGGAUUUUAAAUUAGCAAGAUGCGUUUAUUUUAAAGUUAUUCCCCUUAUGUUGGAUAAUAUAAAUAUUUUGUGGUCAAGCCAAUGGGAUGUUAUUGGUUAAAGCAUUCGUAUUAUAUAUCCAAAGACAUCCAAUUUGUUGUUGUAACGGGACAUAAAUGCGCUUUUAUAGUGCCGGUUCUUACUCUAAGCAGGUAUAUAAUAUACUUUCAAACCCAAAAAAGAACAUUUUCCACAUAAAUUUGUAUAAAUUGGUUAAGAAAGCUGAAAUUCAGUACUUAUAGUAAAAAUAGGGUGACAAAGUAGAUAAACCUAAAAGAUUAGUUAUUUGACAUUUGCUGCCUUUAUUUGCAUGUCUGUGUGGGUCUAGAGACAUUUCCCUACACUGGUUUAAGGUUUAAUGACAAAUUUCUGUGAUCUGUACUUGUACACCAACAUCCAGUGAAAAGAAUAUUUUAUCUUCAUCAAACGGUCUAAAAUUAAAUGAUAAGACUGAGGCAAUUAUUUGUGGUUCAAACGCCAAUCUUCGGAAAGUUACAAUUGCAUCAAUAAAAGUCGGUGAAUCAGAGAUCUGUUGUCCUCGACUGUCAGAGACCUUGGCUUUUAUAUUGACAGUAAACUUAGUAUGAUUCCCCAUAUCAGUUCUGUUGUCAAGGCAUGCUUCUGUCAUCUGCGUGCCCUGGGUCAGCUGUGUCCUCAACUCAAUAGGAGAACAGCCAAUACUGUAGCAGUGACUCUAAUCCAGUCAAGAUAGAUUACCGAAAUAGUUGUUCGUGGGGUUUACCUCAGAACCAAAUUCAGAGACUCCAAAAGAUACAAAAUAUUGCAGCAUGCAUCGUAUCGCGGAUGAAAAAAUCUGACCACAUCACCCCAGUUCUAAGAGAUGUCCACUGGGUUCCUGUGAGUGAGCGCAUUAACUACAACAUUCUGUCCCUGGCGUACAGCUGCAGAGAUGGCUCAGCACCAGAAUAUCUCAAGGAUCUGAUUUAUAGACGUGUAUCCAUGAAGGGCCUGCGGUCUUCAUCACAGUACUGCUGAGUGUUCCUAGUGUGGAUAAACACAAAAGUCGUACAGAGUGCGCUCUUUUGAAGCGAUAGCGCCAAAAUUAUGGAACAGUUUGCCUCAAUCUUUGAGGGGAAUUGUAAAUGAUAAAAAAUCAUUUAAGAAACAAUUAAAAACUGUUUUGUUUAGAUUUCGGAGGACCAGAGCGCAGUGAGCAUGCUAAAAUGGCAUGGAUACCGGCGCGAUAUAAAUAUCAAAAUCAAUCAGUCAAUCAAUUUAAUUUGUAUUAAUUAAAUUGUAUUUAAUUUGUAUUAAUUAAAUUGUAUUUAUAUUAUUUUAAUGGUAAUAGUUUUCAACUUAAAAAAUAUAAUAAGAAAAUAGACAUAACUAAUGAUAUUACAAGCGGUACUACUAACCCAGUGGUUCUCAACCAUUCUAAUGCCGCGACCCUUUAAUACAAUUCCUCAUGUUUUGGCGACCCCCAACCACAAAAUUAUUUUCGUUGAUACUUUAUAACUGUAGAAUAUAUGUGUUUUCAGGUGAUCUUAGGCGACCCCUGUGAAAUCGUCGUGCGACCCCCCAAAAGGGUCACGACCCGUAGGUUGAGAACCGCUCUACUAACCUGUACCGUUACGCGGCCUAAUGUUGUUCCUGUUUUGGCAGUGGUCUUCUCUUUCUGUUGUAAUGGUAUCUGUCUCAAGGUCUUAAGAUGAUGUUUUCAUUUUCAUCCACUGAAAUAUGAAAUGAUAAAUUACAUACAACCUCAAAAGUUUACAAGAUUUUAACUGCCUCAUAGUUGUCAAAUAAAUAUGCAUACUCUGUUAUUAAAAUAAUUUAUAACAGUAGUUAGUAAAGCUUAGUAAGGUUAAUUUUAUGCAUCAUACCAUAUAGCUUUAUUUAUAAAAUGGAUUAGCUAUUGAAUUUCCAGUUAAAAAAUGAACUCCAUUAAAAUUAAAGCAUCCUGUUCUCCCCCGCGACAAUAAUGCUUCAACCCGCUCGAAUCGACUGUAUUAUAAGAGUUAAAUGAUUUACUGCGAUUUCUAAACGAAUUGCAUUGCUACAAAAUAAACAUCAUUAAAUAUUUAAAAAAAGUGUUGGACUGCAAUAAAGCUUUAAAAUAUAUUAAUAAGACACGAACAAAUUGUGUCAAUAGAACAAUAUGAGUUAGCUUUAAUAAUAAUUGUACAAUAUACAGAAUUAAACAUUUCAUUGAACUAAUUAUAGUUUCCUUUUGUUUUCUCGGCUAUCGUAAAAUAAAUACAGAUGAUUUUAAAAUAAAGCUAGAUCGUCAUUUCUUAUUAGGUGUAAGAAACAUGCAUUAACAAUACGCCCACACUAAAUUAACAAAUAUAUGAAAUAAAAAGCUUUCUAUAUAUAAUUUAAACAUUCCCAAACGAAACAAGAAUGUUUUAACUUGUAAUGAGUACCGUACCCAUUUCAGUUUAAAUCCAUGAAAAGGCACUAAAUUUAAGAAGAUUGUAGAUAAAAUUAGUCAUCGUAUACUGUUUUGACCGAUCAGAGUUCGCCGUAGCGGGUUUGGCUUGCACCUUUUUUUAGCAGACGGCUUUGACUUGUCUCCAAGCCUUUGUGCAAUGAUAUCAUAAAUGGGGUGUUCAGUUUUUUUUAGUAAAUUGGAUGCCCUUUCUGGUUAUAUAUUUUUUAUAGUGGUAAAGUGAUUUUAUUACACAAAAAAUGCAAUUUUUAUUUUUAGCUUUUAUUUAUGGUUUACAUCUUCUAAAAAAUACAUCGUAUUUAAGAACUACAUUUCUAAUUUCUAGAUCAGUACAAUGAUACGUUUUUGCAACGAGCUGGGGCGACCCAAACAACAAAAAUUUCUCCCCGCAGCGUAAAUUUCGCCAGCUCAUUUAGAAUACCUGCUUAGAGUAAGAACCAGCACUAUAAAAGUGCAUUUAUGUCCUGUUACAACAAAAAAUUGGAUGUGUGUACCACAUUACUCUUUUUUAAUUUUUAAAAUGUCCUGGAAUUUCCUAUUUUUUCCUGGAAAAGUCCUGGAAAUAUUUUUUUUAGAUUUGGUGCAGGAACCCUGUACACACUCGAUGAGGAAAAAUAUGUAUUUAAUUGGUAUCUGUUUUCUUUUUUGUGUAGGCCCAGAAUAUAAAAAAUUUCAAAUCUCAGCGGUGGCAGAUGUUACUGAAUUUCUCAAGUCAACGGCGGCUGCUUUUAACAGGGACACCUUUACAAAACUCAUUAAUGGAAUUGUGGUCUCUAAUGCAUUUUCUUAUGCCUAAUGUAUUCCAAUCCCACUCUGAAUUCAAAGAGUGGUUUUCAAAUCCUCUUACUGGCAUGAUUGAAGGAAGCCAAGAAUACAAUGAGAGUCUUGUCAGACGCUUGCACAAGGUAAAAUUAUUACAGACAGCAUUUAAGAUUUAUGAUUUCUUUUGAACUUGUUCUUAAACAUUUCAUUGCCUUAUGUAUAAAGUAAUUUUUGCUUUCAUUUCUUCAAGCAGAAUAUAAUUAUUGAAAGUUCAUUAAAAACAGGUUUUGAGGCCCUUUCUUCUAAGGCGCUUAAAGAAUGAAGUCGAGAAGCAAAUGCCUCAGAAGUUUGAGCAUGUUGUCAUGUGUCGAUUAUCCAAGAGACAGAGGUUUCUCUAUGAUGACUUUAUGUCCCAGACAAAGUAAGCUAUGUAAUAUAAAUGCCAUAUGGUGAUUUAUUAGGAACCGUUUCAGAGGAGUUAUUGUCUGCUUUUAAAAAGCUUGUUUGGUUUGUCUGCCUAUUAUUAAACUUAAUUGUAUCGUUUCAAAAUUUAAGUUUUAUAUUUAUUUUACUAGAACUAAAGAAACUCUAGCCACUGGUCACUUCAUGAGUGUAAUCAACAUCUUGAUGCAGUUGAGGAAGGUUUGUAAUCAUCCAAACUUGUUUGAUCCACGGCCAAUUGUGUCACCUUUUAAAAUGGAAGGGAUUGUGUACACCACUGCAUCAUUAGCGACCAGGGCAUUGGAGUAUGAUCCUUUCAGGGUAAUAUCUUGCAUUAGAUAACUUUUGUAUCUAUCUAUUUUUUAAAAAUCGUUUUUGUUCAGUUAUCUCUGUUGUGUCACUGGUACUUCUCUGUUUGUAAAAGGUGUUCAGCCUAUUUAGGUGUUAGGCUUAUUCAUUUUUAAUAAGUCAUUAAUAAUUCCGGCUUUGAUUUAGAUAUAAUUUUUGGGGUUGUAUUAAGGUUAUAAGGGUUCUUCAUUGUGUGUAAGGGAUUUUUUAAAAUUAUUUUUUUUCUUUUAAAGACUUUCAAGCCUGCUCAAAAGGUUGACAUUAAAAUAGACUUUAAAUUUUGUUGCCCCAGGAUAUUGAUUUCUAUUCACUGUACCCAAAUCUGAUUGAAAUGGAAACUGAUCUUCCGGCUUUUGUGGCUCAAAGAGUGAGGCAUCUGAAAGCUACAGGAAAACUAAUACAAGAAGUUGAUAAUUUACCUGAUACUCUUCCACGUCUUGUACCUGGCCAUUUGAAGAAUAUUAAAGGCUUUGCUUCUGUAGUGCCAGUAAAUAUAUUCUUCUUUUGUUUAAAUAGAGAGGAUAAUUAGAUAAUUUUAAAAUGGGCAUUAUAUUUAGAAAGGUGAGAUAAAUUUAGCUGUUAAAUAUUGUGAAUCAGUUUUCUUUUUAUAUAACGGGGUGCUGCAUAGCAUUUGAAGUUGAAUAUGUACCAGUCUGUACUCAAUUCGACUUUACAUUUUAUACUAUAUCGAUUCUAACAUGUUUUCAGACUGGUUAUACAUCUGAAGUGUUACCGGUAAAUGCACCAGUGCAAAGACCAGAGUCCCCUUUAUCAGUAAAGUCCAAUAGUUCCACAGCACAUUCAACUCCUGGUAAGUUGUUAAUACACUUUGAAUUAGGUAUUAAUUUGUUGCAUGUGCUUGAAAGAGUCACCAAUCUAACAAGAUGUUAUUUGGUGCUUAUGUCUCUAUAAUAAUAUGUGAUCAGGAUAUAUCAUUUGGCCAUGUGUUUUAUAUGCUUGUGUCUUUUCUUAUCAUGAUACAUCCCUAAAUUUAUAAUUAAUUUAUAAAAACUUCUGGCGUCUUGUUUGAUUUGCCGUUGUUGUAAAGCAAGCAAAUAAUUGUUGCAUUUAAAUAAAAUAAUUUUUAUCCUCAGCAUCUGUAAAUAGCAUAAAGCUGCUGCUUCCACCUUCAUCUUCAUCAACUCAACAAACGAUCUUGAUCCCUAAUCCCAAUGGUUCAGGUCCACCUCUUAUUUUGCCAUUGUCUUCCAUUUCAUCAUCUUCAUCAUCUGCAGCAAUAGCUCAAGCGAAACUUAUAUCCUCCCAGCUGCAAAGUAAGUUGUUACAGUCCUUUAUAUUUUGCAUGACAGUAAUAAAUACUUAAUGGAAGUAUUCUUUGCUCUGUUUACUUUGUUGCUAAGUAGAUAGUGGAACCAGAUAUGGUUAGGUUAAAAUAGAAAAGACAAGACAGUUAAACUGAUGUUUCGGCUAGAUUGAUGCCUUCUUCAGGGAACAAUUUCAGUUAAGUAAUCGGAUCAAUUUAAUUUAAAAAUAAAACUUGUGUUCCGAGAUCACGAUUACUCAAUGUUCAGAGCAAAAAUGUGUGUACCACAUUACUCUGUGGUUGCGCACUAUCACGUCAAAAGAAUUUUAAAUAUUACUAAAAAGAAUUUUAAAUAUUAUUAAUGUAAAAUUUAAAAAAGCAAAAAAUGAGACUAGAAAUGGAGGGAAAUAAAGGAUUACUGUUAAGUAUUCAAUUGAUUCCAUAUGGUGCAAAAAAUCAAAAUUAACUUGUUUUUAUACUUCAUUCUCGCUGGUGUAAAAUUAGAGCUUUGAUGGAUAUAUCUGAUAUGCCCUUGUUAUCUUUGUCGAAAUGGGAUGAGAUAAUAGUUUCACUGUUGUAUUGUUACCAUGAGACUAGCUUUGUUUACUUUAGAUAGCUUAAUAAUUAUGGUUUAUUGACAGCUUAUGCAUAACUUGAAAUAACUGUUGCAGUUUUGCCCAAGCAGGAUGCUGCAGAUUUGGUUGGAAUUCGGGGACCUCCUGGAUUAAUGUUAUGCUUUUUAAGAUAAACAUCAAACUCUUGCGAAAAUGUAGUUGUUAGAGUGAUGAAUUUUAUACAAAUGUUAUCAAGUUUAUAUAAGAACGUAUGCUGAGCUUGGCUGUGAUGAAAAUUACUUUGUAACUUUACAUUGAGGCUUAGAGUCACCUUGUUAUAGGAUGUAAUUUUGGUGCUGAAGUCCUCGUACAGUAAUCCUCAGAAAUAAACAAAUAUGGUAAACCGUACUGGGUAUAUCAUGUUUAUACCUGAUACAUUUUUUAUAACUACCUGAGUAAUGAGUGAGGCUUGAUAAUUCUUUAAAUGAUUAUUUUUAAAAAAUUCUUCCUUUAGGUGGCAUACUUCAACUUGUACAGACAUCAAGUGGUCAUCAAAUAUUGACAAAUACCAGCACUACCUCAGUUAUCUCAUCUACUGUGACAGCAUUAACAACUACUUCUUCUACCACCCCAGUAAAUACCAGUUCAUCCUUGAUGAAAUUGUCUGCUCCUCCUACUCAGCAAAAGCCUGUCAUGCGAGUGUCACCAUUUGUUGUUACAUCAGGUGAGAUUAAUUUUGAAAAGUAAGGGGUCCAAGCAAUUUGUAGAUACUCCUGGUCUUAAGUUAUAUGGAUUUUUUAAUGAUGCAGUUGGCUUUAUUAACAAUUUCACGAUUAAUGCUUAAAAGCAUUGUAAUCUGUUAUUGGUGUGUUCCUAUAUAAGAAAUGAGCAUGCAUGUUCUAAGAACUAUUGCAAAAAGCAAAAUAAAGUGCAUUCACUUUUCAUAUUGCGAUGUGAUGAAAGCCUAUAAAUUAUGUUUUUUUCAUCCAAGCUGACUGUUAUGAACAAUUUCUAAUAGCCUGCAAAAUGUUUUCCUUCUUCUUAUUCUAUAUAUUAAGGGCCCAUGAUCGAUGUGUUGAUCAUUCUGGCUCCUAUCUAUGUAGAGGGGAUUUGCAAUGUUUUUGUGCAUUUAAUGACCAAAGUAAUCAUCUAAUGCCAAGCAGAGGUUUUUAAAAAAAUUUGUUAUGUUCAAAAAGAAGUUAUAAAGAUGACAAACCAUUUUCCUACUUUGAUUUUAUGGCACAACUCUUUACUUUUCAUUGUACAGUAUUAACUAAUAUGAGGAAGGCACUUAGACAAAACAUUCUUCUUUUAUUAUCCUAUUCUAUUUCAAGCUUCCACACACCUUGUUCUAAUAUUUCCUUCACACAGCUUGAAUGAAGUUCUUCAUUUAUCAUCAUCUAAUCACCACCAUGGACAACUGUUAAACUCCUUACACUGGCAUCUCUAGGUCUUGGCAUCAGAUGCUUUAGGGGAUAAGAAGUAUCCAUCUUAUGAUAAUCAAUUUACCAGCUUCAGGUUAUUUUGAAAUGUUAAAAUUAUUUAAGUAAAACGUAUUUCAUAUAUUGCUAUAUAUUACAUAAUGAUUAACAACUAUUUUAGGUUCAACUCCUACGCCUUCUUCAAACCCCAUGACAAUUGCGUCCAAAUUGCCAGAAGCCAUAACAGUGAAACCUAUUACACAAAAACCAAUGAAAAAGUCAGAACUCUUUCUUGUAAGUAUUUUUAAGGUCUCUAUAGGAUCAUUUUUUUAAUAUAUUCUUUUGAUUACACAAUGUGUGAUUGAAUUAUUAUUUUUAAAAAAUCUUUUCCAAAAGGAGUCUUUAUAUCGCAAGAAAGAAGAACGUAGACAACAUAUCUUGUCUUUGAUGGCAAGAUUAAACCAGACACGUUGUGACAUAUGUCCGGUUUUUGGCCCUGAUACCCGACAUUGUGUGAAUUGUAUGCAUACCUUAGAUGUCAACAACUGUACUACUCUUCCACAAGCCAGCAACACAUCAAAUGAGGUAUCCGAAGCAUGGCGUGGCCAUGGCUAUGUGAACUGCUUGUUUGCGCAGGAUCGUAAGUUAAACCAUAGCCAUCCAGAUUUGUACUGGCGGCAAUCAUUCCAUCUCCGAGAAAUAGUUCAUACUCCAGAGGAAUGGCUUGAUGAAUUAAAAGGCAUCCUGUCAAGGUGAAUAAUCUUCCCUAAGUUGCUAACAUUUUGAGCCUUAGAGUCAUCAGUUUUAGUCUAAUGUAAUUCUGGUGCUUAAGUGCUCAGAAAAUAAAUUGUCAGAAAUUUUUUACGUUGCAGUGUUUACACUGUCAGUUAUUUUUUCUUGAUACAUUUUAAAACUUAAAUGCUUUAUUGGUUCUUGCUUCCUUCUAAGCUUGUGGAAGUCUUAGGUUUUUGUUAGAUAUAAGUUUUAAUAGUAAUGCAAUGCUUGAAAAGAAAACCUUGUGUUUUUUAGGUUUGUCUUUGUCACGCCAACUGUAAUUUCCCCGGCUGUUAUGUUACGCGUGUCCAAUCCAGACCCUUCAAAAUUAUCCCAAAUGCAAUGGAUGGAGAAAAGACUAAGGCCAGAGAUAGUCAAAAAGUCUUCAAACCUUCAUCCAAUCCAGUCAAGAACAAUGGUCACAUUCCCAGAACUCAGGCUUAUUCAAUAUGAUUGUGGUAAGCAGUAUUUUUAUUGAGGUCUUUUUUUAAACUUUACAAUUUGAAAGUAUCUAUUUUAUGCUAUAAGCAUCUUAUGUAUGAUUUCUGAUAUUAUUUCUCACUAUUAAAAAAACAUUUGAUUUAGAUUUGAAAUAUUUUACACUUCAGGAAAGCUGCAAACGUUAGAUCUUUUGCUUCGUCAGUUGAAGUCAGGCCAGCAUCGUGUGCUAAUAUUUACCCAGAUGACGAAAAUGCUUGAUGUUUUAGAAUCUUUUCUGAAUUUUCAUGGGCACCGCUAUUUAAGGUUGGAUGGCACAACAAAAGUGGAACAGAGACAGGUGACUUUUUAACUUCAAAUCUUCAUCUACCCCAUCACUAUAAUUCAGAAUAUUUUAAUAAUUUUUUUUAAAACUCUCCCAAUGGGGCAGUCACAAAUUCAUAAUUAAAAAAUAUAUAAAUACAAGUAUUAUUUUAUAGGCUUAAAAAAGCUCUUCAUAGAAUUUUGUUCCUUUGCCAUUCAAUAGGGGCUUGAAGUGUAAAACUAUUCAUACUAGAAGAUUCAUUUUCAUAUUCUGGUGGCUCUGGUUGAUUAACUGUAAAAUUACUUUUGAAAAACACAAAAUUUCAUUUAUGAGCACAAGGUAGAGAGAAGGCCUAAACAAAAUGUGUUGUAUCUUUCAAUGUCUUUUUUCAGGUUUAUUUUGCCUUUAGUGCGGUUCUACUAUAUUUUAUCAUCAUAACAUGUACCUUAUUGGCGUAUAUCACACACUUUUUCUCCCUGAAAAUAGGGGGCAAAUGAUGUGUGCGUGUUAUACGCCAAUAUAAUGUUAAGGACCCAUAGUACAUACCGCAUAGCGGCGCGAAUGGUGCAUGUUAUACGCCUGUUCGUGUUAUACGCGGAUAAAUACAGUAUUUAAAAUCACAUUCAAAUGUAUUCUCCACAUUUCAAGAUAUCUUUUUGGCCAAUUACCAAAGUCUGUCACCAGUUUAAUGUGACUGCACAGUGACCUUGGCCAAACAAUAAAUUUCAUUGAUGAUAGGGUUGUAGCUGACAUGAUCUUUGCAACUUAGAAAACCUCAGAUACAUUUGAUUGCUUAAUAUAAAAUUUUUUGGCCGAUUACCAAAGUCUGUCACCAGUUUAAUGUGACUGCACAGUGACCUUGGCCAAACAAUAAAUUUCAUUGAUGAUAGGGUUGUAGCUGACAUGAUCUUUGCAACUUAGAAAACCUCAGAUACAUUUGAUUGCUUAAUAUAAAAUUCACUGCCUGUAGUAUUUCAUUUAAUCAUCACAGUUUGUAAUGUAUUUCUCACAUUUCAAGAUAUUUUUUUGGCCGAUUACCAAAGUCUUUCACCAGUUUCAUGUGACUGCACAGUGACCUUGGCCAAACAAUAAAUUUCAUUGUUGAUAGGGUUGUAGUUGACAUGAUCUUUGCAACUUAGAAAACCUCUGAUACAAUUAUUUGAUUGCUUAAUGUAAAAUUCACUGCCUUUAGUAUUUCAUUUAAUCAUCACAAUUUGUAAUGGUUUUUUUCACAUUUCAAGAUAUUUUUUUUUGCCGAUUACCAAAGUCUUUCACCAGUUUAAUGUGACUGCACAGUGACCUUGGCCAAACAAUAAAUUUCAUUGAUGAUAGGGUUGUAGCUGACAUGAUCUUUGCAACUUAGAAAACCUCAGAUACAUUUGAUUGCUUAAUAUAAAAUUCACUGCCUUUAGUAUUUCAUUUAAUCAUCACAAUUUGUAAUGUAUUUUUCACAUUUCAAGAUAUUUUUUUGGCCAAUUACCAAAGUCUGUCACCAGUUUAAUGUGACUGCACAGUGACCUUGGCCAAACAAUAAAUUUCAUUGAUGAUAGGGUUUUAGCUGACAUGAUCUUUGCAACUUAGAAAACCUCUGAUAUGUUUGAUUGUUUAAUAUAAAAUUCACUGCCCGUAGUACUUAAUUUCAACAUUACAAUUCGUAAUGUUUUUUUUCACAUUUCAAGAUAUCUUUUUGGCCAAUUACCAAAGUCUGUCACCAGUUUAAUGUGACUGCACAGUGACCUUGGCCAAACAAUAAAUAUCAUGGAUGAUAGGGUUGUAGCUGCCAUGAUCUUUGCAACUUAGAAAACCUCAGAUACAUUUGAUUGCUUAAUGUAAAAUUCACUGCCUUUAGUAUUUCAUUUAAUCAUCACAACUUGUAAUGUAUUUUUCACAUUUUAAGAUAUUUUUUUGGCCGAUUACCAAAGUCUGUCACCAGUUUAAUGUGACUGCACAGUGACCUUGGCCAAACAAUAAAUAUCAUAGAUGAUAGGGUUGUAGCUGACAUGAUCUUUGCAACUUAGAAAACCUCUGAUAUGUUUGAUUGUUUAAUAUAAAAUUCACUGCCCAUAGUGCUUAAUUUCAACAUUACAAUUAUUAAUGUUUUUUUUCACAUUUCAAGAUAUCUUUUUAGCCAAUUACCAAAGUCUUUCACCAGUUUAAUGUGACUGCACAGUGACCUUGGCCAAACAAUAAAUAUGGAUGAUAGGGUUGUAGCUGCCAUGAUCUUUGCAACUUAGAAAACCUCAGAUACAUUUGAUUGCUUAAUUUAAAAUUCACUGCCUUUAGUAUUUCAUAUAAUCAUCACAACUUGUAAUGUAUUUUUCACAUUUCAAGAUAUUUUUUUGGCUGAUUACCAAAGUCUGUCACCAGUUUAAUGUGACUGCACAGUGACCUUGGCCAAACAAUAAAUUUCAUUGAUGAUAGGGUUGUAGCUGACAUGAUCUUUGCAACUUAGAAAACCUCAGAUACAUUUGAUUGCUUAAUAUAAAAUUCACUGCCUUUAGUAUUUCAUUUAAUCAUCACAGUUUGUAAUGUAUUUCUCACAUUUUAAGAUAUCUUUUUAGCCAAUUACCAAAGUCUUUCACCAGUUUAAUGUGACUGCACAGUGACCUUGGCCAAACAAUAAAUAUGGAUGAUAGGGUUGUAGCUGCCAUGAUCUUUGCAACUUAGAAAACCUCCUUGGCCAAACAAUAAAUUUCAUUGAUGAUAGGGUUGUAGCUGACAUGAUCUUUGCAACUUAGAAAACCUCAGAUACAUUUGAUUGCUUAAUAUAAAAUUCACUGCCUUUAGUAUUUCAUUUAAUCAUCACAGUUUGUAAUGUAUUUCUCACAUUUUAAGAUAUCUUUUUAGCCAAUUACCAAAGUCUUUCACCAGUUUAAUGUGACUGCACAGUGACCUUGGCCAAACAAUAAAUAUGGAUGAUAGGGUUGUAGCUGCCAUGAUCUUUGCAACUUAGAAAACCUAAGAUACAUUUGAUUGCUUAAUUUAAAAUUCACUGCCUUUAGUAUUUCAUAUAAUCAUCACAACUUGUAAUGUAUUUUUCACAUUUCAAGAUAUUUUUUUGGCCGAUUACCAAAGUCUGUCACCAGUUUAAUGUGACUGCACAGUGACCUUGGCCAAACAAUAAAUUUCAUUGAUGAUAGGGUUGUAGCUGACAUGAUCUUUGCAACUUAGAAAACCUCAGAUACAUUUGAUUGCUUAAUAUAAAAUUCACUGCCUGUAGUAUUUCAUUUAAUCAUCACAGUUUGUAAUGUAUUUCUCACAUUUCAAGAUAUUUUUUUGGCCGAUUACCAAAGUCUUUCACCAGUUUCAUGUGACUGCACAGUGACCUUGGCCAAACAAUAAAUUUCAUUGUUGAUAGGGUUGUAGUUGACAUGAUCUUUGCAACUUAGAAAACCUCUGAUACAAUUAUUUGAUUGCUUAAUGUAAAAUUCACUGCCUUUAGUAUUUCAUUUAAUCAUCACAAUUUGUAAUGGUUUUUUUCACAUUUCAAGAUAUUUUUUUUUGCCGAUUACCAAAGUCUUUCACCAGUUUAAUGUGACUGCACAGUGACCUUGGCCAAACAAUAAAUUUCAUUGAUGAUAGGGUUGUAGCUGACAUGAUCUUUGCAACUUAGAAAACCUCAGAUACAUUUGAUUGCUUAAUAUAAAAUUCACUGCCUUUAGUACUUCAUUUCCUCAUUACAAUUAGUAAUGUUUUUUUCACAUAUCAAGAUAUCUUUUUGGCCGAUUACCAAAGUCUGUCACCAGUUUAAUGUGUCUGCACAGUGACCUUGGCCAAACAAUAAAUUUCAUUGAUGAUAGGGUUGUAGCUGACAUGAUCUUUGCAACUUAGAAAACCUCAGAUACAUUUGAUUGCUUAAUAUAAAAUUCACUGCCUUUAGUACUUCAUUUCCUCAUUACAAUUAGUAAUGUUUUUUUCACAUAUCAAGAUAUCUUUUUGGCCGAUUACCAAAGUCUGUCACCAGUUUAAUGUGUCUGCACAGUGACCUUGGCCAAACAAUAAAUUUCAUUGAUGAUAGGGUUGUAGCUGACAUGAUCUUUGCAACUUAGAAAACCUCAGAUACAUUUGAUUGCUUAAUAUAAAAUUCACUGCCUUUAGUAUUUCAUUUAAUCAUCACAAGUUGUAUUAAUGUCUUUUUUACAUUUCAAAAUAUUUUUUUUGGCCGAUUACCAAAGUCUGUCACCAGUUUAAUGUGACUGCACAGUGACCUUGGCCAAACAAUAAAUAUCAUAGAUGAUAGGGUUGUAGCUGACAUGAUCUUUGCAACUUAGAAAACCUCAGAUACAUUUGAUUGCUUAAUAUAAAAUUCACUGCCUUUAGUAUUUCAUUUAAUCAUCACAGUUAUUAAUGUAUUUCUCACAUUUUAAGAUAUUUUUUUGGCCGAUUACCAAAGUCUUUCACCAGUUUCAUGUGACUGCACAGUGACCUUGGCCUAACAAUAAAUUUCAUUGAUGAUAGGGUUGUAGUUGACAUGAUCUUUGCAACUUAGAAAACCUCUGAUACAAUUAUUUGAUAGUUUAAUAUAAAAUUCACUGCCUUUAGUACUUCAUUUCCUCAUUACAAUUAGUAAUGUUUUUUUCACAUAUCAAGAUAUCUUUUUGGCCGAUUACCAAAGUCUGUCACCAGUUUAAUGUGACUGCACAGUGACCUUGGCCAAACAAUAAAUUUCAUUGAUGAUAGGGUUGUAGCUGACAUGAUCUUUGCAACUUAGAAAACCUCAGAUACAUUUGAUUGCUUAAUAUAAAAUUCACUGCCUUUAGUAUUUCAUUUAAUCAUCACUGUUUGUAAUGUAUUUCUCACAUUUCAAGAUAUUUUUUUGGCCGAUUACCAAAGUCUUUCACCAGUUUCAUGUGACUGCACAGUGACCUUGGCCAAACAAUAAAUUUCAUUGUUGAUAAUGUUGUAGUUGACACGAUCUUUGCAACUUAGAAAACCUCUGAUACAAUUAUUUGAUUGCUUAAUGUAAAAUUCACUGCCUUUAGUAUUUCAUUUAAUCAUCACAAUUUGUAAUGUUUUUUUUCACAUUUCAAGAUAUUUUUUUGGCCGAUUACCAAAGUCUUUCACCAGUUUCAUGUGACUGCACAGUGACCUUGGCCAAACAAUAAAUUUCAUUGAUGAUAGGGUUGUAGUUGACAUGAUCUUUGCAACUUAGAAAACCUCAGAUACAUUUGAUUGCUUAAUAUAAAAUUCACUGCCUUUAGUACUUCAUUUCCUCAUUACAAUUAGUAAUGUUUUUUUCACAUAUCAAGAUAUCUUUUUGGCCGAUUACCAAAGUCUGUCACCAGUUUAAUGUGUCUGCACAGUGACCUUGGCCAAACAAUAAAUUUCAUUGAUGAUAGGGUUGUAGCUGACAUGAUCUUUGCAACUUAGAAAACCUCAGAUACAUUUGAUUGCUUAAUAUAAAAUUCACUGCCUUUAGUAUUUCAUUUAAUCAUCACAAUUUGUAAUGUUUUUUUUCACAUUUCAAGAUUUUUUUUGGCCGAUUACCAAAGUCUGUCACCAGUUUAAUGUGACUGCACAGUGACCUUGGCCAAACAAUAAAUUUCAUUGUUGAUAGGGUUGUAGUUGACACGAUCUUUGCAACUUAGAAAACCUCUGAUACAUUUGUUACCUAAAAUUGCCAUAUUUUUAUCUCCAAAUUUUUUCAAUAUGCAAUUGAAUUUAUUAUAAAAAAUGUUUUUCAGUAUUUAAUGGACAGAUUCAAUGCAGAUCCUCGUAUAUUCUGCUUCAUUCUAUCAACAAGAUCUGGUGGUAUUGGUGUCAAUCUUACUGGUGCAGACACAGUUAUCUUUUAUGACAGUGAUUGGAAUCCUACAAUGGAUGCGCAAGCCCAAGACAGGUGUCAUAGAAUCGGUCAGACAAGAGAUGUUCAUAUUUACAGGUAGAUGAAGCUGGUUUGAAAUUUAAGAAGUGUAUGACUAAACUUAUUUUUUUAAUUGAGUACUAUAAAUUAUAACCCUCAAGAUCAACUAUGUUUGUGAGCUGAUCUCCUAACAUAGCAAUUGAGAAAGGGAACAGUAAAAUGGAUUGCUUAAAAAACUCUGCUUGUUUUUAUCAGUCAGAAUCCUGGAGCAAACUACAAAGCUAGUUUUUUUUUCAGUAUGACUAAAAAAAAAUUUUAACCAUAUGAUUCUAUUCAAUCCUCUUUAAUGAAAAUCUAGUUAUUUUCCUUUAUUUUAAAUUUCAAAUGCAAUAUUAACUUACCUUUUCCACAGACUAGUGAGUGAAAUGACAGUAGAGGAAAAUAUCCUUAAAAAAGCUAACCAAAAACGAUUAUUAGGGGAUUUAGCUAUUGAAGGAGGCAAUUUUACAACUGCAUUUUUUAAAGAGGUAAAUAAAAUAGCUGUGGUUCCUUGAUUUUUGAACUUUAACACCCUUUGAACAACUGUGUUAGGAUUGCAUUAUCUCCUGACAUAGCUAAUUAAAAAAGGGAAGAUAAUAUGAUUGUUUAAAAAACUCUGCCUGCUAUAUUAGCAGUCCAGAAUCCUGGAACAAUAAACAAUAAGUUUGAUCAACCUUAUUUCAUUCUCAUCUUUCCUUUAUCACAAGUGAAUUUUAGUCCCCAAAAGAAAGUUUUUAUUGUUUUCAUUCAUUAAAUUUUUAAAACUGUAUUUAGUUGGCAUUAACAAAGUAAUAUACUAAUACUUUUUAUUUUUUAUUCAUAGCAAACCAUUACUGACUUAUUUGCUGACCCUUCUGGAUUAGAGUCUCUUGUUGAGGACAAGGAGAAAGAGAAGGAAGCCAAAGAAAAAGACAGGGCAGCAAAAGAGGCAGCUGCAAAGUUAGAGCGAGAAUUAGAGAAAGAUAAGAAGGAGAGAGAGGAAAGCAAGAAGGAAGCUGCAAUUUUGUCGCAGUUUGAACAGGUGGGUUAUAAAUAACUGCAAUUAAUAAAUUAUUUUAUUGCAGUAGCUUAUUUUGCCAGAAUUAGAUCGGGGGUCCCUGAAAAUCUCAUUUUAUUUUAUAUCUGUUUAGGAAUUGAUAAGUGAUUUUUUUAAAAAAUGUUUCCUUAUAGAAGAUGAUAUCUUAAAUUAAAUUUCAAUACUAUUUUUAAAGGCCCUGUGUAAAGCUGAAGAUGAGACAGACGCAAUGGCAGCCACACAAUUGCAAGCUGAACAGAAAGCAGAGCUAGCAGAGUUUGAUGAGAACAUUCCAUGGGAUGAAAGAGAAGCAGAGAUAAGGAAAGAGGAGGAUGAUGUUUCGCGAGUGGAAAUGGAACUUGCAAUGAUAGACAAGGAGGUAGGAAAUAACUUAUUUAACAUUAAUUAUUUUACUUAAAUAUACAUAUUUUUAAAAAUUCUUAUCCCUUCAGAACAACUGUGUUAGGGGCCAUUUUGCUCCUAAUAUAGGCUAAGAAGAAAGGGAAAUUAAAAUAGAUUGUUUAAAAAACUCUGACUUUCCAAAUGGUAUGGCAGAAUCCUGGAACAAUCUACAUAAAAUCUCAAGAUAAUUUUAUAAAUGCUAUUCAGGAUUUUAUAAUUUGUAACCUUUCAGCUAACUGAAAUAAUCCAAUAUUCUCUAUUUUAAGUAGCCAUCUAAUAAUCUUAAUCGAUUUCAGAGGAAUUUUUUUUUUAAAUUUCUUUUUCUAGUUAACACCUAUAGAAAGAUAUGCUGUGACUGUUAUGGAAGCUCAGAUGGAGCCAGAAACUGCUGAGGAGCUGAAGAUAGCCGAGGUAAAAGCUUAAUUUUUAUUAAAACUAUUAUUAUAAAUUGUAAAAUUAUAGUUAUUGAAGUAACUUACUGUAAAACUUUAAAAUCUUGUACAAAUAUAUGUUUAUUGUUCCAUUAUUGAAUUGUCAUCAUAUCAUGUUGUUUCAUAUGGUUAUAAAUCGAUCGAAGCAAUUUUUAAAUGUUUUUAAAAUUUAUUUGCUAGGAGGAUAUUGAAAAUUCUAAAAAGGACUGGGAGUUGGCAAGGUUAAAAGCUUUAAAAGAAGAGGAAGAGAGAAGAGCAGAACUGGAGGAGGAUGAGAUGCUCUACAUUUAUUCCAAAGAUGAAUCACAGGUGAAGAAAGGGAGGAAACCUACCAAGAUAAAAACUAAGCCAAAAUCUAAGACAAGUAGUAAAGCAUCUGUAUCAGGUUCAGAUUUAGAUGAUAGUUUUAAUGGUAAGGUGAUAGGGGGUAGGAGAGCUAGUGAUAGGGUUGGUUCACCUCAAAAGUGUCCCAGUCAAAUAAUAAAAGGGCAACAGAGCCCUGAAAAGAAAGCUGGUGUGGGACGCCCUCCAAAAGCAUAUGGAGAAGGAAAGGAAAAGUUAAAGGUUUCUGCAAAUAUAUUACUCAAAGGUAAUUCUAAUGGUGCUAAAAGAGGAAGAAAGAAGGGUUUCCAUGUUCAAAAUAAGGUUCAGAAAGCACCAGCUAAAGUAAGAUUGGACAGCAAUGGUCAACCGAUACGUAGAGGAAGACCUAGAAAAAUAGUUCCUGUUGAUUCUAGUGAGAAAGUUGUUCAAAAAAGUUUAUCACCUAAGACACUCGUAAAUUUGCAAAAUGGCCAUAAUCCAAUUGUUACAACAAGCUCAAAAAUGACUACCCAGGCUAGAAAUGCUUUACUUAAACAACAGGCCCAGAUAGCAGCUCAUAUUACCCUAUCACCGAGCAGCAGUAAUCAGCUUCCCCACAUCAUUUCCCAAGCCCCCAAGCCUGCUGUAGCCGUCAAUGUCCUUAGCCCACCUACUAGACUUCCAGCCAAAUCAGCUACCCCUAAAAGUCCCUCAGAUCCUAAUGUUCCACCACCAUGGUCCAACCCUAAUUUAGUUAUACGGACAAGGAAAGCUGCAGUUCAUUCACCAGUUGUGAUUAGUCAGUCGCAGACAUCCACCUUACAACAGCAGCAAUCUGCAGCCACCUUACACCAGCAGCAAUCUGUUCUCCAGCAGUCAUUAAAUCGACCUCCUGUUUACACUUCAAGCACCACAUCUUCAGGGACUAUUGUCAAUGUCACUUCUAUGAUAACCACUGCUAAUCCCACUUCUGCUAGUUUUACAACAAAUCUAGCAUCAGCAGUUAAUGCUGGAAAAAUUCAUUUAACCCCUGAUAGAAAUAUAUUUCAGUUGUUCACAGCAAACACAUCAAGGGGUGCUGUGACUUUUACCCCCACUAUUCGUCAAGUGGGCCCUUUAGUUUCAGGGACCCCUGUGUUAAACCAGUAUCGUGGUGCAACAGUUUUCAAUUCUGUUUCUCUAGUCAAUACAGGUGCUAGAUUUAUAACUGGGGUAGCUGGACAGCCUUCUGUAGUUGUAUCAGCUGCUCCAAAGCCAGGCAUAUCUAAUGUAGGAGGGGGUAAUGUUUCAAAUAUUACUUUAGUCCCUACAGUUAUCAAUGCAAGUUCUGGUCAAACUAUAAUCCCUGCAACUGGUGCUACAUUGCUGAACACAGCUGGUGGUGCUAGAGCAGUAUUAAAUACCACCAGAUUGGGUACACCAAUUACACUCCAAAGUUUAGGCUCUUUGCCAUAUGCUGUUAAUAUAAUUAAAACCAACGCAGGACUGACAUUACCUGUGAGAUCCCAACAGAUAUUGCAUACAUCCCUAGCACAUGUGGCAGGGCAGCCAGGCUAUGUUUUGAUUACACCAAGAGCUAGAGCACCUACUCCUGGCACUUCUCACAGUGUUCCAAUAUCACUGGUGCAAACCAUUCCUGGUCAAUCAUUGCAGACUGCCAGAGUGCAUCUAUUAGCCCAGGUUUCACCAGCAGGGGGCACUGCUAUACAGCAGGCUCAAGUUCAAAAACCUCUGCAACCUCAGCCCCAAACACAGAAACAAAUUCAGCAAGCUCCACAGAACAGUGUCAAUGGUGUUGCAGGCGUAAUUCCAACAAAUACAGAUGGCACAUGACCAAAAUGAUUCAUAUAAACAUUCAGAACAAUUGUGUAUAUAAAGCUUCCCUAUUCUCAGGAGAAAAUGUAUAUACUUAUGUAAGGUGCUAGGUGCUCCUUAAUCCCUUAUGAUUCCCAAAACUUAGACAUGAAAAUUCAAAAUCCAUUAAUACUUCAGGCCGGUUGUUUAUGGAAAUUUAAUUUGGAUCAGCAGAUGAAAACUUAAAAUGUAUUUUAAAAGAUCAGAAUUAUUUUUUAAAAUAAUUUGUUUUAUAUUUGUAACAAGAUUCCUGGAUGUUUAAAAACAAAAUAGUUAUUGUUGUGCAGUUACACACUAAACAAACAUUGCCAUUUAACUUAUUCAUCUCUAAAUUUCAAUUGUUUUUUAACUUAACCCAUGUCGUGUGAUAGUAGCUCUACUGGUGUCUUUUUUAAAAUGACAUUUAUUUUAAACAGAAACUUUGUCCAUGAAUCUUGAUAAUCAAAAUAUCCUUAUUUGCUUUUUUUUUUUAAAGUAAAUUUCUACUUCAUAAUGUGGGGAAAUUUUCAGAUUCAAAUAAUUUUGCGCUGUAAUUAUUUUUAAAUGAAAAAAUCUUUCCAAAGUGAUUUUAUUACCAUAAUUCCAUGGAAUAUUCUAAACAUUGUCACAAUUCUUCUAAUUAUUUCUUUUAUAAGGUGAUGUAAUGUAAUUAAAUUGAUGUAUAGUAGUAUAUUUGCCUGUUUGAUAAUUGAAAUUUGUUAUAUGAACUGGAAUAAAAAUGAAUUCUAUUUUGAAAUGUAUCAUGAUUGUUUGCAUUUUAAUAUCAUGUUGUGCUGUGUGUCAGAUCUUUGCCUUUACUGAGCAUAGACAGAUAGGUAAUGGUGUCAGCUUUUGACCAACUGAUCUUCCUUGUAAUUAAAAAAAAAAAAGGAUCAAAACAACCAUUAACAAUUUACAACAAAUUAAUUAAAGCUGCAUAUCUGUACAAACAUGAAAAUGGUUGGUGGAGAUUUGCUCUCUAAGGUGAUGUGCAUCAUUCAUUCUGCCCUUUCCCCUCCAACCACAGUUUUUAAUUUUAUAAAGGAAGUUCCAAAGUCACCAAGUUGUAUUUCAGUCAGUCAAGAGAAAAUAUGGCACCAUUACCUAAUGAAUGGCACACAUCACCAGAUAUGAGAUGCAUUCUAUAAUCACUUUGUAAUUAAUAUACACACCUCUUCAAAGUACUCUUGCAUUUUUUACUUUAAAUGUUUUUAUUGAAACUUAAUUUUUUAUUUAGUAAUGGCUUUAUUCUUUGAAAAGUAAUUGAGGGAGAAGUUUAUUAGGCUUAAGUGUUAAAGUUUCUAUUUAGAAAAUAUACACACUUAUUUAUACAAGAAGAAAAUGUGAAAUACCCGGUACUGUUUUCAGGAAAGCAGUUAAAUUAAUUGUAUUUCUCAUGAUUUGCACUUUAUCUUGUGCAAAACAAAUUAAUUUUAACGUAAACAGUUGUAUUUUUGAGAGGAAAAUUUGUUGUACUGGUACCAGAAUUAAAAAUAGCAAAAUAUUAAUUUAAAAAAUCAUGUCCUUUAAUCCUUGGACCGUUGGGGCACCCCAGAUGACAUGAAAAUUAUCCUUCUCCAUUCCUCUCUGUACUUCGCACAGCAUCGCCUAGUUUUAGUCCCGUCCACUCUUUGAUGUUGUUUUCCCAUCUUUUUCUCUGUCUUCCUCUUCUUCUCCAUCCUCUCGUUGUGCCCUGCAUGAUUUCUUUGGCAAGCCCUUGUUUUCUUGUCACGUGGCCAUACCAUUCCAGUUUGUGCUUUUUUUACAGUAAUCGGGGAGUUAUUGUACUGCCAAAUUGCUUGACGAAUCCUUUCUUUCACUUUUUCAUUGGAGAUAUGGUCUCUAUAGCAGAUAUCAAGAAUGCUCUUGAAACGUCUCCUCUCCAUCGCCUUUAUUUUUCUUUCAAGUUCUGCUGUUAGUGUCCAGGACUCACAGGCACACAAGAAAAUGGAGAGACUAAUGAGUGCAUCAGCCUAAUUUGGUGCUGGGGGCUAUAUUUUUGUAAUUCCAUAUUUUAAGCCUCUUCAGUGCUGUUGUGGUCUGAGCAAUCCUGGACAUCAAUUCAGGCUUGGAGCCUUCUUCCGAGACUAUUGCUCCUAGGUACUUGUCUUUCCUCCCCAACCUUAAACCCAGUGGCGAUGCCGUUGGUGCUAUUCGUCAUUAGUUUUUUUCUUUUCUGCACUGAUUUGCAUGCCAAAGGACGAUGAAGUCUUGUCGAGAAGCUUUCCUAGGUUGUCUAGCUUUUCUUCGCUUCCAGCCAGUCUAUGUCAUCCGCAAAGCGUAGGUUGGUGAUUGUUCUGACUCCAAUGCUGACUGUUCUUACAUGCGUUUCCAGUGCAUCUGACAUAAUUCUCCCUAAGAAGAUGUUGAACAGGGUGUGGGAGAUCAAGCAGCCUUGUUGUACUCCAACCCUAGUCUUGAACCAUUCUCCGAUGUUAUUGUUGAAGAAGACUGCACUUGUGGCUUUAUAGAGGCUGCAUAUCAUUCUGGUUAGGUUUGUGUUGAUGUAGUGCCUCAUGGUGGCCCAUAAAGCAGCAUGCCAAACCCCAAAAAAUCUUCAGGCGCCACGAAUGCUAAAAAAUGUAAUUCUGCUAUGUUACUUUUGUUUCUAUAUGGGAACAUUGGAGGUGGUGGUGUUAAAAAAGCCACGAGAUUUAAUUUGACUUACAUUUACAUUGUCCCCAAAAUUAUUUUGCCACAAAAAAUUGUCUAAAAUUGCCCUUGAGCUGUCAAGAUUAUCCUUAUCUGACCCUUGAGAAUGAAAAUAGGGAUACAGACAAAGCAAAAUAUUAAAUUGCAAUUCAAAACUGAACAUAAUAUUCAUUUUGCAAAAAUUUGUCAUAUUUAUUAAUUUUCUUGCAAAGUGGUGUUGCAGGGGACUAAAAAAUCCCUUUUCUUCCUAAAAUUGUACUUGUGGGCUCAAAAUGGGUAAGAAAAAAAAUGUUUCAAGUAAUCCAAAAAUUAAACUUUCCUGAUUUUGUUUUUGUUUUUCAUCUAAAUCACCUUCCCAUAGUAGUCAAACUCACAAUUAAAUACUUCUUAUAAAUUAGUUACUGAGAGGUUGACAUUGUAUUUUAGUUGGAAUAUUUUUCUAUUACUUCAGAUGUUUGUCUCUGGCUUUGAUGGGGCUGAAAUGCCAGUAAGUAGUUAUGUUAAAAUUGCAUCAGAAACUCAACUAUAAACAUCCAUUUGAUAACAUUUUUAAAAAUGAACUUAAGAAGAGGUGAUGGAGCAUUUUUUUAAAUUAAUUAUUUACAUAUGCAUGAUAAUGGACUUUUGGAAAUUCCCAGCUUUGUCUGAAAGAGAGAAAGCUGAAACUAAGUUGUAGCUGAAAUUGUUAUAAAUGCCUUUUUUUAAAAACAUGAAUAGGAAGAAUCUUUACAAUAUUUCAUUUCAAUUAAAAUAGUUGCUUAUAUUGUCUGUCAUCCAUUGAUUACACCUGUAGAUGUGGUGUCCACCAACACCUCCUCAAGAUGAUAAUGAUAUCUACAUGGAUGAAACCCUUUCCUUCCUUUAUGAGCCACGGGUCAUGCCUGAGCAGACUUUACCUCCGGUAUAUGUUCCCAAAGCUCACAAAAAACCCAAGACAGAAGCAAUAACAAGUAAUUCUUUUUUAAAUUUUAUUAUUACAACACAUUGGUAGAAUUUUAUUAUCAAUUUUUAAAUCUCAGAUAGCUACUUAAUAUAUUCUGCAAUCUUUAAAUAUCUUAAUCAAAUGUAAAAAAAUAUGUUGUGGUUCACAGCUCGUAAGCAGAAGCAACGUAAAGAGGAACAACCUCGUGUUCCAAGAUCUUUGUUUGAUAAACCCAAAGAAGUGGUUAUGAAACAGAGGCGAGAUGCUAAAAUGCAGAGAUUAAGACAGAAUUUGCAGGUUAGAUCAACUUAAAAGACAAAUUUUUAAAAGUAUAUUUAUGAGAAUUCAGCCAUGUUUGAACAAUUUGGCUUGAUUUUCCUCCAAGAUAUUAAAAAAAAUUAUUAUAAGUAAUCGCUAUUUGAACUGAAUUACAAUAUUGCAAAGUGCUUUUCCGAAAGUAUGGAUUGUGUACGAAUUGUAAUUCAGUUUUAAAAUAUUUUUUAGACAAAAGAUAGUGAUCUCUUCUUUUGAAUAACUAGAAAUGUAUUCCUCUCAUCCUUUUGAAACAGGUGCCUACCAAAAUAAUACCUGGCAGAGCACCGAUUGGCCAACAGCAACAACAGCAGACGCAACCACCAGCUCCUAUAGUUGCCAAACCUGAGCCAGAUCCAAACUACCCUGAAUGGCUUGUACAUGAAGAAUGGGCUCUUCUUGAGGUAUGUUUUUGUUUUUAAUAAUACGUUACAAACAUGCUGCUUACAAAUCAAAAUGCGAAUUGUUUUGUUCUAUAAGGACCUUAACUCAUUCCCUCCAGCAGUGCUACUUCUGUACUUAAUUUAUUUUCCUGAGAAAAGGGAAGCAACCCAUUUUUGAAAUUUAACAUUUUAAAAAUAUUUUUUUAAGCUGCUAAAUAAUAAUAAAUGUAAUUGAAUUUAGGACGAAUGCAUAAAAAAAUGAAUAAGGUUUAAUAAAAAAAAUAUAUCAUAAGCGGCGAAAAAAUAAUGAAAAAUGGCAAAAAAAUCGAUUUUUGGCACCUUGAAUGAACACAUGCUAGAUAUAGACGAGCCGUACUAAAGCACACGUAAUUAUAAAGUCUCGAGGGACGCAAGAUUUCAUUGCUAUUUUUAACUAAAAAUUAGAGAGGUGUGUCGCUAUGCGCUGGAACGCAUUUGGACGCUUCAGGAGAAACCCCCAAAGGACGCAUUUAGUCGUAACCGUCGGGAAUGAGUUAAGUAUUUUCAAAGAUUGUGAUUAUAUUGAUACUGUGAAAAAUUCAAAUAUGGAACAAUUUUUAAAUAGUUUAAAAAUUAUCUGCUCCAUUUUCUUGUUAAAUAGUCUUAGAAUUUUAGUUUUCAUCAGAUUGAUUGAUGUUUUUUUAUUCUUAGGCUGUGCAACAUAUCCAGAAACUAAAUCCUGACUUGUUAAUAGACAAUCCAGCACAGAUUGUGAAUUGGGAUUUUGUUUCAGACUAUGUUAGUGUUGUGGGACGUAUAUUCCGUGCAGCAAAACACUGCCGGUAUCAAUAUGAAUAUGUUGUGCUACCCAGAGAGGAUGGCAAGAUUCUGUACAACUUAAAACAAAAGAAAACACCUAAAAGCAUUUAUAAGGUACUUGAUUUGGUUAGAAGAGCUAUACAAUUUCUUGACCUGAAAAUGAUGUUCAAAACAACUUCAGUCUUUAUGACAUCACAUGAUUAUAAAGUGAUAGAGAGUGUUUCUUUUCUUCCAUUUUUAUGAAGUAUCUAAUGGUGAAAUUAUAAAGACUUCUCUUAUUACUUUUUAAGUGUUCUAUGAUACAAAAAGAUUUUUUUUAAUGAAAUAUAAUUUGACCAUGUACAGACUAAAAAUACCAGACCACUACGAACUGAACAACUCUACACACAGGAGGGCUUGAAAAAUUUCUCUCAGUUGUUUGACAUCCGCUUUGCUGCAAUGAUGGAAAUUGGGGCUAAGCGACCUGCUGCUAUGAGGCAGACUAUUGUUAAUCCCGCUGCGAAACCAACUAAGCAUGCAGCCAUCCUUGCAGAGAAUGGUAUCAACUAUGAUGCUCCCAUGCUUCCCAGUCAAUUAGCAGCCAAACGGGCGGAGAGAAUAGCAUUAGAUAAAAAGAAGCAGCAGCAAGCAGCUGCACAACAGCAGGCCCAAGCUGCAACAGCUGUAAGUAAUUUAGAUACAAAUAGGUUGGGAUCACAUACAUUAAUAAUAUGUUUUCACAUUGGUAGAAAUAAAGAAAAAGAAAUCAAUUUUAGAAUGCUUAAUUUGUGGGAUGGAAAAAAAUUGUUUUAAAAUUCUCAUUAUCAUUCACCCAGAAUGCUGCAGUUACAGACCCAGCAGCUGUUGUACGACCUGUCCAAACAGCAUUAGUGGCAACAGGUGUCGCUCCAACCAUACAAGCCCAGCAGCUGUCAUCUAUUGUUUCUGUUACACCUACUACAAUUAUAGUAAGUCACUUAAACUUUGGUUUUGGAAUUACAUUAGGAUAGUGAACUUAAACCCCAUAUGAGUCAAAAAUUUUCCCAUAAAAAUCUAUGUAAAUUCAAUGAAUUUGUUCCAGGCUAAGAAUUUUUUUGUUUUUGUUUUUUUAUGUAAAGAAAAAUAUAGAAUGAAAUGAAAAAUAUCCUUCUUUAUAGACAUACAACACUUUAAUGAAUAAAAAGUGGAAUGACAUUCGUCAUGUUUUAAAAUAAUUUCUUUUCUUUACUUCCACACCAACACAAUUUCUCUAUGUUUACCGGAAACGCGCCAAAGCACUUUUGAGCUGGUGGGAUUGUGUACAAGCAUGCCAUAUAUUUGUCACCCAAAGUAGUUUGUUAACCAAGACAAAAAUUCUUCAGUACCCGAUUUCUUUGUUAACUGAUUAGCUACCAGAUUGAAAAACACGCUGUGGCUCAAUUAAAUCUAGGUCAAAUUCACUGGGAUACAAAUAUUGGCGCUACUAGCGGCUCGUGGCCAUAACGAAAGAAAUGCCCAGCUGCUCCCACCGGCUCAUGGAAGUUAACCAGUUAAAUGGGCAUUCCUGAGAUCCACUGAGUGUUUUUCCUAAUAAAAACUGGCUUGAAAAAAAGUCAAAAAGAAAAAAAAAAUUCUUUAGCUUUCAAAAUGUUUCCCUUCCUCUCUCUCUCUCUCUCUCUCUCUCUCUCUCUCUCCCCCCCCCCCCCAGACUGGUCAAGUGCCUAAGGUAGCUGUAGGACCAGGUUUAACAGCUGUAUCUAUUGCAAGAACUCUUGGACCUACGACUGGAAAUAUUAUUGUAAAUGCUGGCUUACAGUCUGGUCCAUUUGCUGCCAUCAAUAAAAGAAUGUCCCAGGCUACACUACCUUCUACUAUUGUAAGAUUUUUGUUAAGCUUUUUUUAAUGUGGAGAAAUUAUUUUUUUUAGAUAACUUUAUAUUUUUUCAAAUCAUAACAUGAUUUUGAUGAAGAUAUUUAUUUUUUGGUAUAAUAUUGGUUAUUGAUUUCUUUAAAAUUAGAAUUAUUUUUAGAAAAUCUUAACAGUGGUUAUGAACUGUGUCAUUAUUACAAAAUGGUGAACUCAUUUUUUGUGCAUCCUUGAACUUGAUGGAUUUGUACCAAUGUUACAUUUUAAAAAUUAAUAUUUUGUUUUAAUUCCUUAACCACCCAGGCUGUAACUGGUAAUUUGACCCCAGCAAUUCGAGGACAACGUCCGGCAGGGGCAGGAACACCCACAAUCACCAUGCAAGAGUUAGGAGUUACAGCUGGCACAUCCACAGCUAUUACAGUCUCGGCUCAGGCAGCAGCAGCAGCUGCACGAUCUUUGCAGACUACAGUUGCAUCAAGUCUAACUGCUGGUCAGAAACUGGCAGCCUUAACCGCAACAGGGGGUUAGUUCAUUAAGGAUUCUCUUUCCUUAGGGCAAUGCUACUUCCGUACUUCCUGAGAAAGGGAAGUUACUCCGUUAUGCUAUGGAUUUACAUAUAUAAAAUAUUUAUUUAAGCUGCUAAAUAUUAUUUAAUAUUAUUUAAUUAAGAACAAAUGCACCAAAAAAUUAAUGAGGUUUAAUAAAAAAAAUAUAACAUUAACAUUAGCAGUGAAAAAAUAAAGAAAAAAAAUUUUUAAUUUUCGGCACCUCGGACGAACACAUGCUACAUUUAGACGCACCGUACAUAAGCAAACAUAGUUUUAAAGUGAAAUACGAUAAAAACUUCCAGUUUUUAAUGUGAAAUCACGCCAUCGCUGCUAGUCUCAGGGGUUGCAACAUUUCAUUGCUAUUUUUAAAUAGAAAUGAGGGAGGUGUGUCGCCAUGCGCCGGGACGCAUUUGGAUGCAUCCCUCAAAACCCACAAAGGACGCAUUUAGUUGCAACCGCUGGGAAUGAAUUACCAACAAGGGAUGCGCAAACCAAGUUGUAUUUUAACUAGAGCAGAAAAUUAAAUGAUCAAGUGGAGUUAAUUUCUUAAAGUGUUAUGUAGGAAAUUGUUGUAUAGUAAAAAUAAACAUGAUAACACUAACUGAAAUCUGGGAUGACUAUAAUUUGCUAAUUGAAGUGAUUAGAAAAGCGAUGAAUUUAAUUCAUAAUUUAAUUCAAAAUCGAUUCAUUUGCUUGACCUGAUGAUGAUGAUGAUCAAUACAACUUCAGUCUUUAUGACAACAUGAUUACACAAUGAUCUGAAUCUUUGGCUGAUGUAUUAUUCUAUACAUUUUAAAUAGUAAAAUCUACUUACAUUAUUAAACUUAUAUUUAUAGAUUAAAACUGUUCUAUAAAAAUUCAGAUUUUUUUAAUGAAAGAUUAUUUCAGUUGUUUUGACAAUCGCUUUGUUGACUAAAUAUUUGAAAUUCUAUACAAUACUGGAGGAUAUUUCAUUACCUUGAUCUCUUUAAAUUGACAGCCAACCUCCAGCCCCAGCUCCUUCAAGCUGCUCGUAAUCUUACCCCCCAGCAGAUCAACAUACUGAGGCAACAGCAAACUCAGUCCAUCAUCCGUACACAAGCUGCAACUGGUACUCAGCCACUGCGAGGUCAAAAACUGAUGACCACAGAUCAGAUAAGGGCCCAGCAGUCGAAGCCUCCUAAAGUGAUUACCCAGCCAUUACUACCAUUUAGAGGACAUGUAAGAUUACUUGAAAUUUUGUAACUUUUGAAAUGUUUAUGCCAGAAUGUUCCACUUACGUUGGAAUUUUUAAAAUCACCAUUUUAUUUAUGAACACAUCUUGUUGUUUUCCCCUCUCAAUUAUUCUAUUAUGAAAGCGAGAGAUUUUGUUUUUCUUUUACCAGUCUAUCCUGUCAAAACAGGGAUUGUUACGAGCUGCAAUUCCUAAGAUGACAGAUGAACAGCUGCAAGCCCUAAGGAUGAGAUCUAUCCAGACACAAGGAGGAAAACAGGUGUGAGAGGAAGCAAUAGGAGAAUAAACCAAACAUUUGCCAACAUUUUUAUUUCUGCAAAGAAUAUAAAUUAUUUUUCGAGUAACUUGUUUAACCCUAUCCAACUCAACAUAUUGUAUACCCUGUCCCUAGCAACUGGGUGUAGCACACCUGUACACUUAUUAUAAUGGGGAAAAGUGUUUCUGGCUAUUCCUAGCAACCGUGGGUUUCACCCAUAGUCUUAUUUCGCAGUAAAUGGUUCUCUUCAGAGGUGUAGUUAAGGGGGGCAGAGAGGGGGGGGGGGCAGAUGUACCUGGGCGCCAGACUAGUUAGGGGCGCCAAAAUGUGUUUUCAUAUUAUUUUAUUGAUGAAUAUAAUGGGUUUGAGAGUUUAAAGAGAGAAAGGGAGGCUCUUUAAAAUGGAUCUGGUCCCCGGGCACCAAACACUCUAGCUACGUCUCUGGUUCCCUUUAUGUUAUUUUCUUUUUUACUAUUAUGGGGCCCUUCACGGAUCAUGUAGUUACUCCCACUGAAGCACUUCUUCUGUACAUUAAUGAAAAAAUGAUACAAACAAUAGUUGACUGCACCAACAAGGAAUGAGGAGAAAGUAAGAGGAGACAAAUGGCAAAGGAAUGAUGCGAUCUAAAUGAAAGCUUUUAUUAGCUGCCUACUACUACUACUGCUACUACUCCUCACUGGCAAUUUUCAUCUCAACAGCAUUUCAGCGGACUUUUUAUUCAGCUAUGGAAAUCCUAUUUUUAGGGCACAUUUUCAGUGACGAGAUUCAUUUUUGUUUUGACAACAAUGAUAUUAGAUCAAACCUUUCUAGCUCGUGACAUCUUUGAUCCAUUAAUAAGAGAUGUAUGUUAAGCAUUCCUGCGUAAUUUGGCGAGGUAUUAUGUUCCUGGAGAGAACAUCACAGUAGGCUAGCAACUGAUUGGUUUCAGAGUCGUUGCAGCUUUUUUCAACAUAUGCUAAGCAAGCCUGACAAAUAUGGAAUACAAAUCUUGUAGACCUGUGACUGUGAAUCUACUUCGAAUUAACCCCCUGAGAGGAUGCCCAUAUCUCAGCAAAGAAAAUGAAAGUGCCCUGCCAGCAACGAGAAAUGUUGGAAUAUGAUUGUGACUAUGAUUUCUUUCAUAAGGGACUUGCAUGGAAGUGGCCGCAAUUUCAGAACAACUAUUUCAUUCCCCUACUACUUGCAGAACCAAUGGCCAAGAACAGACUCACUCUAGUUGGAACAAUGAAAUGGAACAAGAUGUUCCCACCUAAGGGGUUUGAGCAAAAGAAGGCUCUGCCCCUUAACAAAUAAGUUUUUGUUUAGACAGAAAAAUGUAUUGCUCCUGAGCACAAUACACAAUCGUCCAGUUAUAGUAUACCUUAUACUUAUAGUAAGUGAAACUGAAUGCAAGAAAUCAGAGAUUGUGCUCUAUAACAACAAAAGCAAAGGGAGGCAUAUUCGCCAAGGACCAAAUGAUGGUGUUCUCUGUGAAUACAAAAUACUGAAAGUGAAAGAUGGCCUUAGUUUAUGUUUUUUUUAACAUUAUUGACUUGGCAUCAAUUGCAUUAAGAGUGGCAUUAAAAUAUAAAUAUCUGACUAACUCACUGUCUCAUGAAGACAACAGACAGUCAAUAUUGACUUUGCGCAUUCCCUCACCCAUCCGCAAGUAGAGGCGAUCCGUCCCAACACAUCAAGAUAUUGUGAGGUACAAAAUAUUUACAAACACUUCAAAUUCAAAAGCUGCCCAAACCACUUCAACUCAGCAAGUUUAUUGGACAUAUUUGCAAAACCAUUCUGUUCUUUUAUGUAAAAACUGUGCAAGCUGAGCCCCCCAUUUUCCAUGUGUACAUGUGACUGUUCUGUUUUGAAAUUGUUUUUCAGGUUGAAUAAAUGUUAUUAUUGUUGGUACCCAAAUACAUUAACCCUUUACGAGGCAGAGCGGCCGAAAACGUCUUUACCACUUAAAGGGCAAAACGCCCAAAAGCGUCCGUGACGACUUAGUGUUGUUUUCUCGUGACCUCCGAGUCUUUGCGAGACUUCCUAUUGUUUACAUCCGGUUUUUUCGAUAGCUAAAUAGAGUAGGCGCCAGUUACAAGUAUUUAAUCGAUUUUUUUUUUUAGUUUUAGGGGUUUAAAAAAAUUUUUUUUUCGAAAUGGAUUUUGCCGAUUAUUCAAGUGAUAGCGGAGAUUUCGCUGGAUUCAAAUUAAGUGCACGAAUUGACUGUAAAUUGGAACUAGAUGUUUAUAUUAUUAGUAAUAUUAGUGAAAUCAGCGUAGUAAGCAGUAUUGAAUUUACAAACUUCGAUUUUGUGGCAGUGUUUGUAAAUAGGAAAUAGAUGACUCACAAUCACAAACAAUAUGUUGUUUUUGCAAAUAUUUGUGUUCAUAUAAGUAUUAAUGGCAACAUGUGAGUACAAUUAUAAAUCUGCAUUCCUUUUACUUUAUUUUGCUUUUUAUUUCACACAAAUUAACACCUUAAGAUUUGAUUUUUUUUGUAACGUAACCCUAAAUUUUACUAAAAAAACGGAAAAGUGCAUGCAAGAGGAAGUACCUCUGCCCCGGGUUAAGAAUAGAUAUUUGUAUAUUGUCAAAAUCUAUUUUAUGGAGGACACAGACUCAAAUAAUCAAACAACAACCAAACGAAAAUGUUCACUAGCCAGUUUAGAUGGUUUUUUUUUUUCUUCUAUUCAAUUAUGCACGGGUGUGUUACACCCAGUUGUAGAAAAACAGUUUAGGCCACCAAAAAUAAGUCACUUUUGCAUGCUUUUUACAAUUGCAUCCACCAAGGUGUUCAUUGCAACUACCUUGUGGAUUAAGUAGAUUAUGAGAAAUAUUAUUAAAAGGAAACUCUAGAUAUCAGCAAUCACAGUCUGUCUCCGGGUGUAUUACACCCAGUUACACCCAGUUGAGGAGGAUAGGGUUAAAAAAUAAAUAUAUAUAUAUAUUAUACAUACACAUAGAUGAGAUCGAUUGAAACAUGUAUGUACACAAUCCAUGCAUUGCUAUUUGAUUUAACUGUACAUCUUAAGUAUGUACAUCUAAAGUCUACCUCCUACUCUUUAUUCCAGUUGCAGACUGCACAGAUAAUCCAAGGCCAGGUCACUACUGUUGGUCAAGCUGGUGCUUCCAAUACGCAAACGCCUGUGGCCUUGGUUAAAUCUGUGUCAGCAGCCCCCACUGUCACUGUCCCAGUGACAAUUCCUGUGACUGCUAUUAAUGUGUCUGCCCAGCAGAGAACAGUUGUUGGUAAGCUAAUUCAUUUCAUAAUUUUUUAAAAAUAAGAUAAUUAAAGUAAAAUGGUAGAGCUUUUAUUUCUAAAAAAAGAGCUGUAACAUAGUUUUGUACCAACCACAAAUAAUAAACCCCCCCCCCCCCCCCGAAUUGCUAAGCGAAGGGAGAUCACUCUAAAAUACAUGCAUCCCCAUUUUUUUUUCAAAACCAAGCAUCAACCUAUAUUAAACAAACAAUUAUUAGAAAAUUGAAAACCUUUUCAAAAAUCUAAAGUUUUAUCAUUUAAAUACUUUGAUUCAUAAAUAUGUUUGCAGUAAAUCAUGUCAGUCAAAUUUUUAAAAAAUUUGGAUGAAUGUUAGCAGCAUUGACCCCCCUUAGUUUGUGUAUUACUUUGAUUUUAGAGUCUCAUGGAAUUUGGAAAAUCAGUAGCCCUUGUAGGUGAACCUGGCACAAGUUGUUGUUUCCCUACUUCUGCCACUGUCCAUCUUGUUACCUCUUUCCAUGAUCAGAAAGCUAUUGAUCAUUGAAAGAUCUAAGAGGUACCAGAACACACACCUCCACCACUUGGUACUUGCUUGGCCCACAGGAUAAUUGGCAGGAUGUUGGUCUGAUAGAUACACCCCUAACAUACCAGAAUUGUUUGCGACAACUGGCAUUGGAAUUUCUGUAUCUAUCAUUCCAUCUUUUGACCUGCGUUGAACUGUGGUCAACACUGGGUGGGAAAUGGUGGAUAUAAUGUUUACUUGACAUUUGUCAGUCCAUUGUGUGGCAACCAUCAAACCUUUCUUCUUAAUACUAUCACUUCUCCUCUUCUGUUUAGUAUUUACUAGAGGCCAGUCUUUCCUGUUGGGCCUAAUGGUUGUACAAUAAGAGGUCCUCCACAAGUUUUGGAAGGAAAGGAAAUAGUUGAAAAAAAGUUCAUGAUACCUAUCCAAGUGUGAUUCCAUCAUUGACACAGCAUUAUAUCCUAGUCCAUGAUCUGAAGGAUUGUUACUUUUAACAGUAUAAAUUUGAAAGUUUAGAACAUAACCAGUUUUGGCUUCUGCGCAGCACCAAAUUUUUAUGCCCCAUGGCGUUGGCUUGUUGCUCAAGUACUGCUUGAAGAAUAAUCGUUCACGAAAACCAACCAUUGCGCCAUCUACGGUCAGCUGUCCUUGCGGUUUAUACGCUGUUUGGCACACAUUCCUAAUAAAGACCUGCCAACAAAAAAAUCUGGGGGAGGGGGGGGGGGUUGUUUAAGAUCUACUUAAUAAUGCACAAGCCUUUUUUAGUAAAUUAAAAAAUAUAAAGUUACCUCCAUUUUCUUUGAAGAGUCAACAGAACAUGAGAAAUGGUUUAUACGCUGUUUGGCACACAUUCCUAAUAAAGACCUGCCAACAAAAAAAUCUGGGGGAGGGGGGGGGGGUUGUUUAAGAUCUACUUAAUAAUGCACAAGCCUUUUUUAGUAAAUUAAGAAAUAUUAAGUUGCCUCCAUUUUCUUUGAAGAGUCAACAGAACAUGAGAAAAACAUUACUCGAAAUGUUUAUAUAGCCUACAGAUUUAUGCAGAACAGAAUAUCCAUUUUUUUUACAUAAGUACACAGGCUGCUAAGAGUUCAGUUUUCCAGCAUAUCCCGAGUGGCCUUUAUGCACUUGGCCAACAGCUCUUUGGACAAAUGAAGGUUAUGCAUUACAAUUGAUUUUAGUUACAAGCAAAUUGGAAAGAGUAUCAACUUUCAUGCUUGCCCUUGUUUCAUUGUAAUUUUUCUUCACAAUCUUCUAGCAAUCUGCAAGUCUGGAAACAUUUCUUUGACUCUGCCAUUAAAAAGAUCGGAGUAGGCCAGAGAAAUAUUUCCUUCAAUAAGAAAGGUGGUAAAUAAAACUUCCGAUCUGAAAAUUGAAUCGUCCGAUUCCUUAGCAAAGAAAUUAGACAAGGAUGUCGUAGAUUCACUGCUUUUUUUUAGCUGAAGUUGUAUUUUUUGGGGGGUUAAAAUAUGUCUAUUAAUAUCACUGUACCAACCACUUUCAAUAGAUUAAUCCUGAAAAGCUUAACAAAAGAAAAGUCACAACACAACUGAAUUAUUUUUUUAUAUUGGGUGUACCUCAUACUGCAGGGACCCCCCAAAGUUUGUCACUGGAUCAAUACAAUUUAGUAGUGGGCAAUUUAUGGAGCCCAAACAUAAUAUUUAUAAAUAAUAAUUUGUAAAUAUCCCCAUUAGUAACAGCCUUCAAUUGGGUGGGUGUCUUUUGGGCCCUUAACAGUCUGCUGUUCCUCAGCAUAUCUGUUGGUUUCCACCACAAUAGGUUCCACCAUGGCACCGGUCACAAAGUUUGAAGUAGUCUAUUGGACUGUUGUCAAUAGGAAGGUUAUAGAUGCCACCUUCUAUCUCACUAAAUAUCUUCAUCUUAUCAGUUACACUUGUCAUAUUGUCUGAUCAGACUCAGUGACAGUGUCUUGAUCGCUAUCAUCAACGUCACUUUCAUCAUUAUUAUUUUCAGAUUCAGUCUAAAUUCAAUGCAUUUUGAUCAAUAUCAAUGGCUGAUUCAUCUAUCAGAACUAUUAUCUGCUUGUUAAUUAGAAGUGGGGGCAGCAAUCAAAGAGUCAAGAAACUGAAACGCCAUAGCAAAAUUCUCGUAAAACACAAUCACAAAUUUGCUAAGCUUAGACCCACUUUAACACCACACAGCUUUCAAACCGUAAAUAGUAGAAAUAUCAUUUUUUUUAAAAUGGAAUCAGCUAUAUUCUUACUUCCUUAAAAUCCCAAAGCUAUUCGCAAGGAAACAAUGCUUCUUGCGAGAUUGUGCAUUAUAUGCACAUUGCUAGGCAUGAUGGCGUCUUCAGUUUUGUAGAGAGGUGGGUAUGUCGCAUUUGUUCGCAAUAGUAGCGAAUGGGUUAACUUUCCAAAACCUAUUAUAUGUUAUGAAAGUUGUUACAUUUGUGUAGAAUAUGAUCAAUAUUCUAUUCUUCAGUCAUUUAUUUUAAGUUUUCAUUAAAUUUUAAAUUUUAAGUCAGUCUUGGCUUUCAGAUCCAAUAACUAAAAUUUGUUUCCAUUUAGUUAAUUUCCUAAUUAUUUUCUAAUCUAGCUGCAUUAAGAGGAGCUGCAGUCAGUCAGAUUCAGCAGCAACGGAUGCAACUACUUCAACAGCAACAACGUAAGGCUGGCACUCAGCAAAAAGUUACUGGUAUGGAAUUUUAAAACAUCUUUAUUAUAACAUCUAGUAUACAUGGAAUGUUAGUUUGUAACCAUAUUUAAUUGUAGUUACCAUGUAUUUUUCUAUCAGCGGUGUAUGUUAUGGGAUAACGAUAUUCUUUAAUUAUCUAAAUAGAGAAUAUGUAUAAUAAAUAAUUGAUAUUUCAGACAGAAUUAAUUUGGUUUUUCUGAAACCUUCAAGUAUUGUUUAAAAAGACCUAAUCUUAGUUUAAUUUAAUUACUAAAAAGCCUCUCUGGUUAAAUAACCAAUGCUAUUGUUGUACCGGGUAUUGCUGUCUAAAAGACAGAUAAAAACUGAUUCACUCUGUUACUACAGGUUUAGCAACAGGAAAGGCUGGCCAGCAAAUACCACUCCUGAUUCCACAACACACUAAAUUGAAUACUGUGCUGACUAGCAAUCAAAUAUUGCAUCAGAUAGGGAUUGUGAACAAGGCUCAAGGGGGUAUCCAGCAAAUAAUCACACAUGGCACCCAGCCUACUAUUCUUACGCAAGUGUCACAAGCUGGAGGUCAACCCAUCCAGCAGGUUGUUGCCAAGGUGAGGUAUUAAAUUUCUGCACUCAUUCAAAUGGCUUAACAGAAGGCUAAGCAUUGGUAACUGUUCAAAUAGGUUAAAUUUUUACUUCUAAAUGGUAUAGUGUAUGGAUAAAUUGUGAAUUAACAAAACAAUUAAAUUAUGCCAUUUAACCCAUUCAAUACGUUACAAUUAUCGUUGCAAUGGAACGUAGUAAAAUUAAGGGACUAAAAUUCCAUUAACCCUGAUGAUUUUUAACUUAAAAUCCCCGCUUUCUGUUUAUCGAAACUUUGUCAUGUAGCAUAUCAAAAUUUAACUAAUUGAACAAGGAAUAUGUUUUUAUUAUAAAAGAGUGAUAAAAAAUUGUAUAGAGUAAAACUUUAGGGGUAAUAUGACAGUGUUAUGUAAAAGUGACAAUAAAAGAAAUAUAAACAAUUCUUCUCACCAACCCAUAAAUCAGGUAAGGAUAAUCCAAUCAAGACAAUUUUUUUCAGCAAAUAAGCCUUACUAUAUAUCCAAAGUAUGAGGAAAGUUUUGUUGCAAUAGCUCAAGUAAUUGCUAAGUUUGAAUUAGUUUGAAUUUUUUCUCAACACAAUAGCCUUGAAUAAAUAAUAAAUGUUCCAAAAGUUAAUAAUAAAAAUAACUAUUACAGUCUGGUACACAAAUAUUUACAAAAUAUAUAAACAAAUCGGGCCAUCGUUUUGAAUGAAAGGCCCUGGAGCAUCCUUUAGGAUUAAGGUGAGGUUUGGCCUCACAACCAGUGCAAUAAAAGUGUGUGCAUAUCCCUUUAGUAGCAGUAGAGCAAUAGGCAUGCGAUCUGUCACAUUCUUCAUAAUCUAUAACAUGUUGCGAUUCAUUUGUCCUUUCAAGGCAUCCUGUCUCUGGGCCCUUUCCUGGUACUGGUGUUCUUACCAUUGGAUCAAAUGUCCCAGUCCCAGUUAGCUGACAUAUCAAUGUUAGUUUAUAGUCCUUCAGACUCAUUUGGUUUAGAUCUACUAAUUUGCAUAAUGAAAAUAAAAUGUAGGAAUUCACCUGGGUGACUUCCAACAACCAGAAGAAAAUUUUCUUCCACUAUUUUAGGGUUUUUCGAUUCAUACACAGAGUAGUAGGUGUCUUUCUGAUCUAGCUUAUCACAACCAUUUAUUUUUUUAUUGUAACUAUGAAUCAUUUCAGGUUUUUUCCAUUUUCUUGGUUUCGGUAGUAUGUACCCUUGCAUCAGUUGACACUAGUACUAUUACAUUCUUUUUGGCCUUUUUAUCUGCGAAUGGAUAUAGGAUUCAGCCGACAUAGACCAAUAAUCCACAAGAGUUGGCCUUUUAUACAUGCCCAUAUAAAUCAAAAUGGCUAUUAACUUAUCUAGUUCAUGUCUAGAAAUGUCUUUCCAUCUGCUAAAUACAGCGCAUCGAAGUGCAAGUGUGUUAAUUUGUACUUUUGAAUAAGCAUUUACUGAUUCAACAAUCCUUUACGUUAUCAUCAAAAAAUGCAUUGAAGAAUUCAAUAGUAGGUUUUUCAAUAUUUUGUAACAUUGGAAUACUGUACCAGUAACUAGGAGUUCUAAGUGGGUGAAAUCGAAAAUUGUUUUAGUUUGUCCAGAUGUGAUGCCAUAUUUUCCUUUCACUUUUCCUUUCCCCUUGCCCAAUUUUGGUCUCAUUGUGGCUGGAGGAAUAUAUUCCUCAUCACUACUAUUAAAUAGCAAUCUAUCAUCCAAAUCCUCAUUGUCACCAUUGUUCAUUCGAAUCCAAUGUUUGUUUACAAUUUUUAGAACAUGAAAAAAACUAGCAAAUAAUACCCAAAACGUGGUUCAAUCCGAGAGAAAAUUCACAGAGAGAAAAUUGAAACUCUUUUGAAUAAAAGUUUAGAAAGCUAUAAAUAAAAUUUUUGGCUGUAAAAGUUAAAACACUAAAGGAAUGAAACAAACCAGUGAUGACACACUCUAUUUGCAUUGAGACUUACGAGGGGCGCACUUUCGCAUUUGCUGGCCCAACAAUUUGUAACACCCUUCCUGUCGCUCUCAGAAACAGACACUAAGAUUCUUUCAAAACUGAUUUGAAGACUUAUUCUAUUUCGCUAACACCUGCUGGAGUGAUGUUGUCUAUCUAGCUAUUAUCUUGUAGAUGUAUACUGGCAUGUGUUUUUUAUGGUUGCAAGGUAUGAAAGACUUAGAAUGGGUAGUUUUUGUAAUGUUGCAUUUUGUACUUCAAUUUGGUAUGUACAGCGCUUCGAGCUUUUGGGGAUGAAGCGUGAUUUUCAAAUAAACUUCAUUUCCGGUAUUAUUAAUAUUCCUCUGGUUCCAAGAUCUUGUAAUUUAUUGUCCAUGGCAAACAUUGUAAAACAAGUAUGUUACGAACCCGGUUCUAUGGCUUCAUUAGGGGUUUUAAUAACUACACAAACUAUAAUUCUUAUAUUAACCCACGAACUGUGGUCGGCCAACAUUCUCCUUCUGUACUGUGGCGGCCGAUAAAAAAAACACAGUCCGAUUAGCAACUUUCAAUCCAAUAUUUAACCGGAAUUAUAGCCACUUCCUUUUAUUUGGAGUUUUAUAUUGCUGUUUUUUUUUAAAGCUAAAAUGUUUGAAGCUAUGGCUUGGCCUUCAGUGCAAGAACUAAUAGAAAUAUGUUUGAAAGCUUUUUAGCAGAGGUUUUAAGUGAUACUGAUGAUGAUUUUAACAUUCCCCAUUACGAUAUCAGUUGAGAUGAUUCUUCUCGUGAACUUUAAUACUAGUCUUAGUGAUAUUGAAGUAGGCCUACUGAGGCUACUGUUAGACUUUGAACCAGGCCUGGAGGUUGGGCAAGGACUGACUGAAUUUUAGUCACAGAAGCUACAGAUUAUAGUUCAGAACUAAUAAAUUUUAUAGUUAAACAACCCAAAUCAGUUCCACAGUUCCUUUUUAAAUGUUUACUAGUCAAUAACUAUUUUGCCUGAGAUUUUUUAUUUUGUACUUGGUUUUAGCAGUGGUUCCAGUUUCUUAUAUAAAUCACCUAAAAUUAAUAAAAUUGCUUUCAGAGGUUAAAUUGCAAUCAAAACCUUAGCAAACUAUAAAUUUUCUGAAAGAUAAAUGAAUUGGCCACAACAUUUAGAUUUGUGUUUAAAGUGUAUCUAUAAAAAUUAAUGAUGAUGAGCACUUGAAAGCAAGACAUUUAUCUAUUUUUUUUUUCUUGAGAACUCCAAGGUCAAGGACACUGAGAAAAUUUUUUUAAGUGGUGGGCAAUAUGGCCAACUUUAUUCCAAUCCAUUUACCUUUCUAAAAAUAUAUACUUAUAGGGGUCUUGUAUCAAUAUUUCUAUGUCAUUUAAUGCAAUUUCAAAUGGCACUCAAAACGCUCUGAAAAGCUCCACACCACAGAAUGAUGCAUGCCACAGUUCGUGGGUUAAAUAUCUUUAUUAAAGAACUAAUUCUUCAACUUAAUUAAGAACUAAUUCUUCAACUUUCAUUAAUGUACUAAAAGACCACACUAUUCAAUAAUAUGUCAUGUCCCCUUUUACACAAUAGGUCACAAGAUACUAGAUACUACUAAGAAUAAUAGUAAUAGAUAAAACAACACACAUAAUCUUUAAACAACACGCAGUCACACUAUACAUUUAAGUUCUUAACAAAGUAGUACUAGUACAACUAUUUUUUAAACUAGGAAAAAAUAAAUGAUAUGGGAUUAAAUGGGUUGAAUUGUUAAAAAUUUCUAACUUUUCUUAUCCUGUGUUAUCUAGGUGUCUCUACAGUCGGGAAACCAAACCUUGACAGCUGGUACACCAAUUACUGUAACACAUGUCAGCUCCACUGCUAAUCAAGGUGUGGGGUUAAGCCUGUCUGGCCAAGGUGCUGUAAAGACAGCAACCAUUCCAUCCUUAGAUGCUGGAGCUGGCAGCAUUCAAUUGCACUCAAUUCAACCAGGACAGAAGACAGUAGCAAAUCUGCCUCAAAGUUUGGUCACAACCCAGACUGUGCAAGUUAGUUAUUAUUACUGAUCUAGAUUUGUUAAUUUUUUCCAAUUUUAAACCUUUGAUUUCAUAACUUAGAUAUUUCACUUUUCACUGGUGUAACAUUCCUAAAUACAUUUAAAAUUUUAAGUGAUAUACCAAAUAUGCUUAACUUUCUCUCCGGAAUUAAUUUCCACGUUCUGACAGAUUUGUUAUGACACUGCUAUGUUAUCUCUAAACCAUUAUAGCCUUUUUGUUUUUCAUCAGAAAAUGUUAAGUUUGUUAUGGUAUUAAAGGGGAACACAUGCUCUUUACGUACCUAGGUUUAAAUUUUAAUACAUAAAUGUGAUUAUGAUUUAGAAAAAUUAAAAUUUAAAAUGAAAAAACUCACCAAAUGUUCACAAAACGCACAUUCGAAGUCACACAGAAAAAUGUAUAAUCCAAAUUGUAACAAAAAUGUUUGUUUUUCUGAGCUUUAUCCAUGUGUACAACACAAAUAAUAAAGAUCACAUCUAAAAAAAAGAAAAAAAUGUAACAUCAGAGCACAGUUAUCGUCCAUUGUCAGAAAAACCUAUUUCCACUGGAAACUAUCUGUUGCUAUUAACUCAUUCCCCCCUGCAAUGCUACUUCCGUAUUUAAUUUAUUUGCCUGAGAAAGGGAAGUAACCCCGUUUUGAAAUUGUUUACAUUUUUUUAAUAUGUAUUUCAGCUACUAAAUAUAAUUUAAUGUUAAUGAAUUAAGAACAAAUGCAACAAAAAAUGAAUAAGGUUUAAUAUAAAUAUAACAUUAUCGGGGAAAAAAUAACGAACAAUGACCAAAAAAUCGAUUUUCGGCACCUCGGACGAACACAUGCUACAUAUAGACGCGCCGUACUAAAGCACACAUAGUUUUAAAGCGAAACAAGAUAAAAACUUCCGGUUUUCAAAUUAAAAUCACGCUCAACCAGUCUCGAAGUCGGAAGUCUCGAGGGAUGCGAGAUUUCAUUGCUAUUUUUAAAUAGAUAUAAGAGAGGUGUGUCGCUAUGCGCCGGGACGCAUUUGGACGCAUCCGGCGAAUCUCGAAAAGACACAUUUAGUCGCAAACGAGUUAAUAUUAGUCGGGAAUGAGUUAAUAUUAGUAGAAAAUAUUUGAACUGUAUUCUUGUCAUAUCUGGGCUUUUCAUCUAUGGUAAGCUUGAAAACAAUCCAUAUGGAUGUGCUGAAUUGACUCCCAUCCAGCUCAAAAGUAACUUUACAUUUUGCGCUGUACUCCUUUUUAAGCUUCAUAUUACACUUAUUUCUUGUAGCAUGUAGAGAAUUGUUCUCUCUGAAGUAUUGUGACAUACCAGGGUGUAUGCAUCAUUGACCAAAAGUCAAGAGCAAAUGGACAAAAAUGGGAGUUCAUCCCCAUCAUUGUUGUUACUGCUAGACAUGUGUAAUUAUUGACAGGUUUCCAGUCUCUAAAAAUAGAUCUCUUGCAUGUUUGAGUGUUGAUUUUAAUUUUGUAGGAAGCAUAUUCAUUUAUUGAGAGUACAAGCUUGUGAAUAAUAUGUGUCUCUAUCAAAGUAAAAAAACCCAUGUCAUUUGACUUACAAUGCAAGCUCCAAAUUUACACCUGCAUUUUUGAAAGGUAGAAAUCUGAAAUUGCACUGUUUUAUUGCUAAGAUCAGCAGCUUUCCUAAUAGAAUUUACAUUAUUUAUAGUACUAAUAGGAACAGUAUUAGCUCUUCUACAAGUCACUUUAGAUGGGGACGGGGCUGGUUGUUCAUCAGCUGAUGAAUUAUCAAUUUCAUUAUUUAGUCACUAGUACUACCGGUACUAAUAAAAUAGGAUUAAAAUCUUACGAUUCAUCAGAAUCAGCCUCUGCAUCCAAAAGCAUAAAAUCACUGUCUGAAUCAUCAUCUGAGUAAUAUUUUCAAUUUUUAUUAGAUUGAUGCCAGGUGGGUCAGGUCAAGAGUUCAUGUUUGUAGAUAAAAAUAAAAUAGAUAUCAAAGCAACCGCUUCAACAAACAAUUCAUUUUCUGUACGGUAACAAAACUGGUUGAAUGCAAGAAAAACCGGAUGUUUCAUUCUAGGUUUGAUUAAAAGUAAUUUAAAAACAAUAGAUAAAAGAACUGAAACAAACAAGGUUUGUAUGCAUCGACUAUCUGUCAGAAAACCUCAUUUAAAAUUGACGAUUGAAGCGUUGAUCUGGAGGCAAAGAGUUCAGCCAAACUUGGAAAGGGUCAUAACUCUUUUAUAUAUCAAAUUUUAAAUAGGCUUUUUCAAAUUUUGAUGAUAGAAAUAGGUUCUUUCUUUUUUUUUGUACCGGGUAUGUUACUUGUAUAAUGCUUCUAAAAGUUUCAAGGUCCAGGAAUUAAUUAUCUUUCAUUACACUUUCAAUUAUUGUCAUUUGUUUUUUUCCUCCCAGGUGCAACAAGUCACUAGUGCACAAGGGAAUUCAUUUUUACAAGUCACACCAGCUGCUGCUCAAACACAGACAUCAACAGUUCAGCCACAGGCAACUGUUGCAGUACCAGCCAGCUUAGUAGCUUUAAGGACCUCUUCCACAUUAUCUUCAACACCUCGCUCUCAAACACCUACACAGAUCAGCUUGGUCCCAACACAAUCACCUGUGGCAGCUACUAUUGCAGCUGUGCAGGUAAAGCAACAUUCAGUAAAAUUCAAAUUGAACUCCAAUGAAAAGCAAAGGAAGAAGAAAAGUUAAUCAAAAGAAUCUGGAUUAAGAGCACAGAAUCAUAUUUCUAGAGUAAUUCCCAGUAGUGAUUCAAUUUUUUUUAUUUAUUUUCUUUUUUUUAAAAAAAUCACUACCAGUAGUAAGCAUGUGAACAAAAAGGAGAGAAUUUUCUAUCAAUGUUUUAGGAAUUCAUGUGGUGUUCAUUAGCCUAUAAAACAUUUGUUGAACACUAAUCUCCUUUCUGUCCACAAGGGACACUUACUGUUCCAAGUAUCUUAUGCUGGAUUGUUGGACAGGAGGACGUAUACUGAAUCAGUGUUAUCGGUGAUUUAUUUUUACCACAGGUCCAACCUGCACCACCUGCUGCUGAUGUGUCAACCACAUCCACCAAAGUCAUAGCUCAGAAUGUGUCAACAGUCCCUGCUACCAUGGCAACUCUUGUUACACAAACUAGUCAGUCUGAUUCCACUCAAGGGACAGGACAGAAAGCAUCUCCAUAUGCAAUGAGGACUAGAAAUACCAAACACUAGUUUUUUAAAGUUUUAACAAUUAAAUUUUCAGAUUUAACAAAAAUAAUAAUAAAUUGUCAGAAGGGACCAUAUUAAAAUUCAGUUCUUGCCCCAGUUAGCAAGAGAUUUAAAAACUGUUUCAUUCACACAACUAAGUUGUGUCCCAUUUAUAUGCAAUGUAAUUUUGUGAUGUUAGUGUGAUGUUCAAUUACUUUUGUAUUCUUCAAAGAAUUUCAUGUAAUUUUGUUAUAUAAAUAAUAAAAGUUAAACAAAUCAGACCACUAUUUGUUAUCAUUCAACAAGGAUUUUAAGUACUGGUAUUUCAAAGAUAAUUUUAAUGUCAUAACACUACAAUCACCUGACCUAAUAAAGUAAAGACAAAU